AUUUCAAAAACACCGAGCGGACAUUUCAUCCCUCCGGCAACGUCCUCGUCUCGUCCCGCUGCAACAGCAGUCCGCGGUACACGCACACGCACACUGCACACUACACGAGCCGUCGACGUCGGCGCGCGCGUCACGUAGUCGUCUUCCGUCGUCCGUCGUCCGGCCGCAUUAUAAACCGCGCACUAUACGGACCGCACGCACGCACACACCCACGGGCCACCCCGUAUAUAAAAGUAUCGCUUGUCGUAUUGUCCUGUCCACUCGAUUUCUGCCACCGGUCUCUUGCGUUCCAUAAGUAUCGUACGGUCCUGUCGUCGUCUAAGUCGUGACUUGUCGUGUCUUCUGUACAUCAUUACAGUCGCCAAAGCCACCGGACAAAGGGCGCAACAGGCUAUACCGUAUCGUGUGUGCCGUACCGCCGUUGUCGCAGUCCACAAGUACGAGGAGCAUUCCGGCACGACCGGCAUAACCAAGGAAAAGGUUAGUAAUAAACUCGCCGUGACAGAUACAAUGGAUGAUGUUAUACGCCUUAAAAACCGAAAUACGUGCCGAAAUAAACUUAGAAAAAAAAAAAAAAAAAUUGGAAAUCCUAAUAUUUUAUUUUAUAAUUAAGCUUUAAAUCAAUAAUUUUUUCAGCUUGAAAGUAAAACAGUUUCAAUAUUUUUGAUAAAAAUAACUUCGAAUAUGUAUUAUAUCGUCGGCUAUCCAGAAAAACCUCAUAAAUUUUACUUUGGUUUAUUCUAGGAAUUUGUACCUUUGUCACAGUUGUUUGCUCCUCUUAUAAAAUGUAUAUAUAAUAUAAAUUAUAUCUUAUAAAAUGUAUAUAUAAUAUAAAUUAUAUCUUAUAAAAUUGACUUACAAAGUUGUAUAGGUAGCCGAUAAUAUUUUUAAAAAAAUACCUGGUUUUGAUUAUAAAUUUAAAAGACAAAUGGAGUAAUAAUAAACUUAUAGCCUGAUCAUACUUUAAACAUGUUACCAAUUAUUUUGGAAUUCUCGAUUUAAGGAGUUAUAAUAAAAAACUCUAGUAAAUUUGAAAAACCCACAACAUACAGUAUAAUUUUAUGAAUGCUGAAUUUUUAUUUCACGAAAUACAUUUUUUAGUACAAAUAAGUAAUUUUUUUUUUUUGAUCGAUCAAUGAAAAAAUAAAAAUAUUUUUAAAGCAUGCUACGACGUUACCGUUUUCAUUGUUUUUAAUUUUUGCAACUUAUUUACUUAUGUUUUCUACCAGAAAUAUUGCUUAAAUAAAAAAUUGCAAACGAUCAAUUUUGAUCAUUUUAGUAUAUAGUCACUGACAUAUAAAAUCGUUUUUAGUAUUGAAAGAAUUUUUUGUAAUAAUUGGGAAAACCCAAAAAUUUGAAAAAUAUGUUUUUUUUUUCAAAUUACGGUGGAUUGAUUUUAUUGUUUAAAAUUUUUACCUCAUAAAUUUUCUAUUAUAAUUAUCGCUCCAAUAUUGUUGAAAAUUGUUGAAAAACAGCAAGAGACUUUUGGUUGCAUUUUAAUUUAGUUAGCAAGUAAGGAAGUUGAUUUUGAUAAUGAAAAACCGAAAAAAAUGUAGAAAGUACCACAGAAUAAUUUAUGAAAAUAAUUACUUUAUUAAUUUAAAUUUCGUUUUAUUUUUAAAUAUAAUUCAUUUAAAAAUAUUCGAAGAGACUUAUAUUUAUUUUAUCUAAACGUGGUAAAAUUUUCAAAACAUUUGAGCCAUUUUUAAAUUAUUUAUAGACAUUUUAAUUUUGUGAGUUGGUUAUGGCGUAGUUUUUAUUUAGCAGGUAAUCUGUGGACAAAAUGUUUAGAUUAAAGAGAUAUACUUGAAAUUUAACAAGAGGUUUAUUAUAAGUUGCACUUAGUGGUAACAAAAAAAUUAAUUCUAAUGUAGUAUUUUUUUUUAUACAAGUUCUAAAAUCAAAUUUUGACGAAAAUCAUAAACAUUACAAUCUUUCAAAACAUGCGUAACUGAACUUCGCUUUGAAAUGUUUUUCGUUAGCUAUAGUUUAACGUUGGUUACAGGUAUAAUAAAUAACUUAAUACAUCGUACCUACACAAUUUCCCACUUUCAACAGUGGUAAACUCGUCCCCAGUAUCAGUUCUUUUUUUUUUUUUGUGCUCAAUGACAAUGAAAGAUAAUAUUCAAAUUAUUCAUGUCAUAGGUAAUAAAUUAAAAGUAAAACAUUCAGUAUUUGGUAUUUUUCAAUUUUUUUUGUUUUAUAAAUAUUUGUCUUUUUUCUAAAGAUAAUUUCUGAAAAUUUCUAAGGCAUUUAAAUCCGAUAUCUAUUGGUGAUAAAACAUGUAUAUACAUUAAUAAUCCAGUCCAAUAGUCCAACAAAUAAUAUCAUUGUGUUUUUCGUAGGCUGUUUGUCUUUUUAUUUUACAUAUAUUUUAAUUAAACAGGAACAAAGCAGAACUACUCUGACAAGAAUCGCGAAACAGUUAUGUUAUUUUCCUGCCCCGUCUACUAUUCGAUUCGACUGUCAUAAUAUUAUUAUAAUAUAAUAGAUACAAACAAUUCGUUUUGAAUGAUUUUUUGUUAUUUUUAUUACGGUUUAUGUACACGCGUGCAUAGUAAUGGUAUUAUUAUUGUAUAUCAUAAAAUAUUGCGGGGGUGUAUAUAAAGAAACGAAAAUAGUAUUCUUAAUAACGAAGGUGUAAUAUUAACACAUUUAUGGGAUUUGGUUUUUACAAUAAUACCAUCGGAAUUUGUACAAAAAAAAUUAACUGAUCCGGCCAAGUUUAGUAAAAAAUAUAUAUAUAGUAUAUACACAAUAAUUAGUUUGUUAUUAUAUGAUAUUAGUCAAAACUGAGCAAAAUACACCGACAAAUACUUUGGGCCAUCUAGGGUAAACUAUUGUUGUUGGUGAGAAAUUGAUCAGGUAGAGGAUAUAAAAUACCUAAUUUUUAAUAUAUGUAUUUAACAACUGAAAGAACGGCAAACUAUUGAAAAAAAAAAAAACAACUGAUUCUAAGCAGAGUUUAGUGAACACUGGUAACGUAUAAUUUAUGACAUAUUAUUAAUAUGUUUAUUAAAUAUAAACGAUUAAGAACACUGAAGAUAAAAAUACGAACAGGAUAAAAAAUACUAGAUGUAUAUUAAGCAUCAUCACCUUUUCGUUUCACUCAUCGUGACGUCUUGACGGUUAACAUUUUUAGAUUUUAAGUGGAGAUGGAUAUGUAUUAAUUUCAUUAUAAUGUGUGUUUUUUUAAAAAAAAUUAUUUGUGAUCUGUAAUGAAUAAAUUCAUCUAUUCUCUAUCAACAUCUAGCUAGGAAUUACUAGAGUAUUUUUGUGAAAGACAAUUUUGUCUGGAUUGUGCGUAUAAAGAUCGUUUUUUGAUUUUCUAUGCAGUUUUUCAAAUAAUUGAAAAAAACUGGUAUAAAACGUAGAAAAACAGAGAAAAAGUUAAAAAAAAAGCAUAGAGUCCUUAUAUUUUCACAAAAUUUCUUUAUAAGUAUUUUAUCGACGUGGUGAAUCAUUUUGGCGAUUUUUGAGCUAUCCAUUUAAUAUUUUUGAAUUUUUUUUACCUUUAACUUGGUUUUAUAUGAAUACAAUUGUUACAAACAGAAAUGUUUGACAAUUUAACAUAAAGUUUAUUAUAAGGUUUAUUUAGUGGUCUAAAAAUAUUAAAAGUUGAACUUAAUGAAAUAGUUAUUUUUACAAACAUUUUAAUUUCAAAUUCCGAUGAAAAUGAUAAAAAUUGCGGUACUUAUAAUAAUUAAUUAUAUUAAUUAUAUAUGCUCGUAGUUGUCAUUAUCUUAAGUAUUUUUUCAUGCUUAGUCGUGAUAGUAACCAAAAUGUUUAGAGAAAAUCCGUUUCCAUGACAACUUUAAUUUUUUUUCCACAACAUGCCACACAGAAGAAUAUUAUCCGUAUCGUGUGCAUGUUUAUGACCAAAAUAUAGCAUCCGAUAUUUUUGUACAAGUAAAUAAAAAAGAACACCAAUUUUUCAAACAAAUACACCACAGAUAAAGUUCUUCUUUAUACAAUAUAAUAUUCAUUGUGAAAUCUUGAUGAUUCUACUCUAUUAUAGGGCGGGAAAAGUUAUUGCGCACAAAACAGUUUUAAAAUCAAAUUAUUUAUUCGGCCGUUGUGUUUCCAUGUCAUCUUAUAAAAUGCAAAAAAAAAACAAAGCUUUUAGAUUGAUAUUUUAUAAUGACAUGUGUUAUUGUAAUUUUAAAAUUAUACGUUAAAAACUAUUUUUUUAUGUGAUUAUUUUAAAAAAUAUUUCGAUAUUUAGUUUUUUCUAUCCUCGAAUAUCACAUUAAAUGUUAUGUUAUGUCGGGUAUAUAAUUUUCAGUUUCUUGCCAUAAUAUUUCGAAUUGUAUACCUAAAUUAAAAACCGAAAAAUUACAUAAUUAACGAAAUAAAAAGCAUUCAUUAAGUAUAAAUCAGUGCACCCCUUUUCCCGAAAAAAACCGGUCAAAAAGUUUUAAAUGCUAUUGAUACACACAGUGCCGUUAUCAAUGGCCUCAUUUCCCUUCAAUAUUUUUAAUAAUAUAUAUUUUAUAUUUUAUCUAUAAAUCUACAAUUAUACAGUUAUUAAAAAAUUAUCUUAACAAAAUAAUUGAAUCAUCACUAAACUAUAUUAUAUCAGAUAAUAUACCGAACUAAUACUUUAUGUAGCAUAUCGUAUACUAUAUUAUAUAGCGUCAGUUCGGUAGGUAUCUAAAUAUAUCGUUAAUUUUAAUAUGUAUCCCUCGGAUUCCCAUAGUGAACUAAAAUGAAUAAAACAAAAUUGAUAAGUCAAAUGACCUAUAAAGAUUAAAGAUUUAUAUCAAUCAUCGAAAAUAACUACAUGGUUAUAUAUUACAAAUACAUUGAAAGCUAUUCUACAUACCUAUAAUUAUCCAUAGUAUAGACAUUAUGAUUUAUUAUAUAGUUAACAUUAUUUAAGCAGUAUAUUUCCAAAAUUAAUCAAAUUAGCGUUUUCCAUUUGAAUAUUAUUUAUAUAUGCAUAAUGUACAUAUAUAUAUAUAUAUAUAUAUAUGGUAUAAAGUCUCAAUUUUCAAACGUACCAUCAUAUAUUAUGUUAUCGUGUAUUAUUAUAACAUUAUAUUAUAUUUGUCUAGAAUACAAAUCUGUUCUACAAUUAAUUUCGCUAAGUGAUAUUAAUUCUGCGCACCGACUAAGUUGUUACAAAGUUGUCAAACCACAUAUAUUAUAGUAUUUGUUUUCAUAAUUUAUUUAGUCCAUACACAUAAUCUAUAAAUUAGAAUAAUAAUUAUACCACACAUAUAAACAUAAUAUUGAGUGGCAAAAGUUAAUCAAACAUUGCAAUUAUUAUAUUAAUAAUUUGAUAUUAUAAUGAAAAAAUAUCGAUUUAACUAUUUUUGCUUAUAUUAUAGACCCUAAAAAUACAUAUUUUCCGCUUAACGGUACUUUAUUUGACAAAUUUUCCGAAAUUCCCAAUAAUUUUCCAAAUAUUUGCUUUUUAUGUAUGUGUGUAUUUUUUUCAACACUUUCGGUGACUAAAUUGCUCCGAUUUGAUCACGCAGUACAUUAAUAAAAUAAUAUACCAAAUACGCACCAGCUUUUUUACCCCUGUACUUUUUGUCUUUUCAGUAGCGACCCAUUGAGGUAAUAUGAACUUAAAUACUCAAAAGUGAGCUCAUCCAUUAAGGGCAUCUAUUGUAAUUGGAUUAUAUUAUUAUUUAAAUUUUAAAACUAAUAAUACCUAUGUAUGUAUAUAUAAUCAAAAAGGGCCCGAUACUGGAGUACAGCCAUUGUUGUAGAUAAGAGGUCGGGAAAUUAAGAAUACAUAAAGUUAUUUAAUUUAUAUCUGUGCAUAAUGAUAAACCAUUGCUAUGGAAAAACUAUUCGGAGCGAUGUUCAGUAAGACAUAUUUUUAAAUACCGUAAUAUUUACGAUUUUUGUCGAAAUUUGAUUUUAAAACACUUAUGAAAAAAAAUUUCAGCAAAAAAGGUCUCUUGUCGUUUUUCAAUUGGAGUCAUAUUUAUGCUAGAAAACGUGGUAGGUACUUAUUUUAAAUCAGGGUGGUCUAACCCGCGGAACUCGAAACCUUUUUUUUUUUACCCCCCCUCAACAAUUAAAUUAAUUUUUUUUUUAAUAAUUAAAAAUUAAAAUCACAAUAUUAUUAUAUUAAAAUCGUAAUAUGUUCAUAUAAAUUUUACAUUUUAUUGUUGUACGGUGGGAGUUCCCGGGAGUCAGUCAUAACGCGAUAAGAUUCGAUGAACAGCGUGAAUACUAUUUACAAUCGUACAAUCGCGAGCAUUAAAUAUUUCUCUAAACUAAAUCUAUUCAUUAAUAAUUAACCAGUCGAGCCCAUGUGUCCGUGUGUCCGUGUUAUUACCGUUCAUACGUUUUAUUUUUACCAUGUCUGAAAGAAAAAACAUAAUUUUGCCGAUGAAAAAAGAGGAUUUUUGUUACCACCACAGGGUGUUCAAUUGAUAUUGAAAAAUUGACUCCUGAAAAACAAUGCCAAUCAUCAUAUUAAGAAAUCAAUUAAUUCUAAAUAUAAGUAACUUAAUCUGUAUUGUAAUAAUUUGUUCGUUAUAUAAAAUAAAAUAUAAAUAGGUAAGAAUAUAUUUUUUUUUAUUUUGGUGGCCCUCGGUGUUUUUAUGAAAGUGUAAAUUAGCCUGCCAAAUACAAAAGGUUGGACUAGACUGUUUUAAAUAAUGAAAUAAUGAAAAAUCGUAUUUUUUUCCCUGGUUAAUCGUUUUUAUUUUAAAUACCGUUUCGAAAUUAAAAAACGACUUAUGUAUUUACCAAGUAAAUAAAAUUGACUUCCAAAAGAGGUGCUACACUUAAACGUCGAAGCAGGUUUUCUAGGAUAAAAGUGGUCUACAGUAUAUAAAGAAAAAUAAAUUAACAUUGUAAAAAAUUUAAAAAAAGAAAAAAGUCGUCCGAUGAUUUUGAAAAUUAAAAAUUUUUAACCGAAUAGCAACAAAAUACCCGAACACCGAACACUUUGCCGUAUUUUCUAAGUUUUUCCUCGGUUUUCCGUUAUCAUUAGGAAAACUAUACGGAAAAUCAAAUAACAAUUUUCUUACAAACAAGAUAAAAAUUAUUUUUUGAAAAUAUCCUAUUAUUGAGUUUUAGACAUAGAUUUCUGGUAAGCAAAUAUAAUCUUACACAUUUUAAAUAAUGGCAUCUUCGCGCCGUAAUUUGAAAAAAAAAAUCGUAUUUUUUAACAUUUUUGGUUUUCUUUAUAUUAAUUUAAAAACUACUUUAGAUAACAAAAAAUAAUUUUCUGUUAGUGGCCAUAUAUCAAAAGAAAUAAAAUCAAUUGCUUAUCAUUAUUUAAUCGGAGCAAUAUUCUGAUAAGAAACAUGAUUUGCAAAAAUUAAAAACAAUAAAAUCGGUAACGCCGCAGCGCACUAUAAAUAUUUGCUUAUAAUUUUCUUUCUGGUUUUUUCCAACUAUUAUAAAACCCCUUAAAAAUAAAAAAAAAACCUUCUUAAUUUAUUAACAACAAAAAAUCUCUUUUUAGAAAAAUCAUUUUAUACUUUGGAGCAAGACAACAGUUAUAAUAGAAACAGCUGUCCUAGGAUAAUGGGAAUGAUUGCAUAGCCACUGUUAUAAGUAAUUUUAUGUAUAUCUGUAAGCAAUGAUUAAUAAAUAAUUGUUUAAGAAAAGGCGAUUCUGAGCGAAGUUCGAUUGAUAGUAUUGUUUUAUCAAGAAUAUAUAUGUCAUAGUAUGGUAAAAUAAUCAUAUAUGCAUUAUAUAUUUUCUUUAAUAAUAUUUGUUUAAUAUUUUACCUAUUUUACCGUUUAUCUUACGUUUUUUUCGGUUUCUCCAUGUUUUUCCUAUUUAUUAUGAAAACAGCUGAAAAAGUCAUAAAAUGACUACUAUCCCAGUCAGAUUUUUUUUCAGAAUUGUGUUAUCAUUAGAGCAAAAUUUCUGGUAGAAAAAUUGUUCACAGAUAAAAAAAACCAUAGUUGUAGAAUCAUUACAUUCCUCGUUUCACUCAUAAUUUAAAUUGUUUCAAUUAGUUUUUAAUCAAUAAAUUGAACGUGUGUAUUUUAUACCCUGGAGAAAUUAUUUUCCCAGUGAUACCCAACAAAUUGCAAAUAACUAAAAUUCUGAGAAAUUAGAGUAGAAGUAUAUUCGUUUACAGUGUGUCCCGUCUUUUAUGUACCUUUAAAUAUUUUAGCUCGAUGACCUUAGAUUGAAAUGAAGUUUUUAGUUUAUUAAAAUACUCACUUUGAGAUGAUUUUCAGGAUUUUAACCCUUUCAGCUAAUGGGCGUAUACGCGCAAUACAAAUAACUUUUUUUGAAUUGUAACCCUUAUUUUUGUCACCAGAUAUGAAUAGAUCGUUUUUUUUUUCAAGUCAUUUUGAUUUAUUGACCAUGGUUCUAAACCAUUUUUGGAAUCCGAUCAGGGCUCACCCACAAUCGUUUUUUCAAACAAGACGAUUUUUUUAUAUUUGUUUUUUAUUGAAAUCUAUUGUUUUAUACACUGAGUUAAAGUUUAUUAUUAUUUUUCUUCCUUUUCUAUAUUUAAUAUUCAUAUCAUAUAGGUAUGUGUUGCAUCAAUCCAUACACUUAUUUAUAAAAAAACUUACGGUAGAUACCUACAAUUUCGAUAAAAUAAUAAUAUGUUGUAUAUUAAUUUCUAUUCGAAAGUCAGAGUCGAAAUCGUUUUAGAAUACAAAAUAAGGAGAUGAUAUUUUCAAAAAAAAGAAAUACAUAUCCAUAUAUAUAUAUAUAUGUAUCAACAAACUACGAUUGUAGUUCACUGCAGAUUUAAUAGAAACCAACAGAAAUAAUUGCAUUAUCAUAAUAAUAUUAUUGUUAUGAAUAAUUUACCGUGUAUAAUAUUAUAAAUAAAAUAUGAAAAAAAUAUAAUUUAAUGUAAUGUUUAAUUAAUUAAUUAGACAUAAUUAAUAGACGAUUGUACGAGAAAAUAAUUAAAAACUUUUGGAUCAAAUUUAUCAAAAAAUAAAUAAUAAUAAAAAAAAUAUGUGUAAUUGUAAAUAAUUUUUAUUUUAAAACGGACCGUACUUAUUAAAACGUAUAUCUACGACACAGGGAAUCAUUUCACGGUAGCGUAAGGAGGGAAAAUUGUAUCUUUCCAUUUGCUUAAAAUUCAACAACUAUCAGCGUUUAUUUAGCAAUUCAAUCUUGAAAUUAUAUAUAUUUUAACCAAAUUACUAGAAAAAAAUUAAUCUUGGUGUAUUGAAUAUAAUAUGGCUUUUUUAGAGUCUGCUUUUAAAUUCUCAUUUUCACGUUCUGGUAUAUCAAAUUAAAAUGUUACAAUUUAUGCAUGGGCCAUGACUACUAUUUAUUACAUCCGCUUCCAUUGUAAACUCCUAAGCACUCUACUUGUGCAGGACUAAAUUAAACUUUCCGUAGGCCACAGGCACUAAUUGAAAAACUUGCCUAUCAUAUCAUAGGUACAUUUAAAAAUAAUUUUUAUCGAGUUUACUUUAUAAUUUAAAUAUAAUAUUUACCGUACCAAUUACUGUAUAUUCGCAAAGACUAGGUGAUUAUUAAUGCAUAGCAUAUAAUUUAUUUAAAAAAAUCUAAUAACACAAUUAGACACUAAUAAACAAUCACAAUAACAAUGAAUUCAUUAUCGCAUGAUACAGUACGCCGUCAAAACGAUCGUAUAAGCUAAAAUUCAAUAAUACAUUGUACAUAAAAAUCUAACACGCAUCGUUUUUGCAAUCGUCGAUUCAUUUUUUUUUUUAUUAUAUUCUAGAUUUUUAAUUUUAUCACGUUUUUCUCUUAAACAUUACGCUAUACUAUUAUUUUAAGAUAUUUGUAGCAAAUUUAUUUCUACAGUUUUCGUAUAAAAGUAUACAGUUAAAACCUCUUAUACUACUGUUUAAUGUUUUAUUCAAUUGUAUAAGCCUUUAGAGCUUUAGUAAUCAUCUGUUAUGGUCUCCUCUUAUAUUUUAAUAUUAUUUGUGAUUUAUGUUUUUCGUAAAAUUUCAAUUUAUAUUUUCAACGAUUGGAAUAAUUUUUGUUAUUAAUGAGUUCAAAACUAAUUAAUAUGUAGGUAUGUAUUUAAUAAACUUAUUAUCGUAUUCUCACGCGAGAAAAAUAAAAAAAAAUUAUAUUUUGAUGCCCGAGUAUUUUUUUAUUUAUAUUGCUAUGAGGUUUGUUUAAGGUUUGUUAAGGUUGUUUUUAAGCUUUGUUUUCUAAAGUUUCUAGAGAAAAUCAUAUGUAAAAACUACAUAUUUUUUUAAAUAUUAAAAUUAUGUUUUUUUAACUUUUAUUUAAAUCGAUUGUAAUCAUUUUAUAGCUUAUAGUGUAAGAAAACCCAACGAUAUUAUACCUAUUUGCAAAAGAUAAAAAAAUAAAGAAUCAAAUUAAUGAAUUACAUGUGAAAAUGUCUUUACAUAAAUGGAAUUUUGUAAAUACAAUAGAAUAAAUUAGGUAUGUAUUUAUUUAUUAGCUAUAGUUUUAUCAUUUUUAUUCGAGUAAAUAAGGAUAUAUAUAUAUUAUAGAUAAUAAUAAAGACCUGCUACAAGGGUUGAAUAAAUUUUGUACGUAUUAUAUUUUUCGUACACAUUUUAUAUAGUAAAAAAUUCCAAUUAAUAUAGUUUAUUAUUAUUGUCAAAAUUUUAAAAGAAAAAUAGAUAGGUACACAUUUUGUUAUAGCAUAGUAUGUACAUUGUAUCUAUCUACACUAUAAUAAAUUUGGAUUAUAAAUUAUAUUAUUAAGGAUUGUGCUAUUCGUACUGCACAUUUAAUCUGGUACUUUAAUUAAUUAAAAAUAAUCUAAAUUUUAUUCUAACCGGUAUUAAACGGUAUUAUUAUAAAAUAAAAUAUUACUUACCCAUUGGUAUUCAAAAUAAUAUCACUGGUAUUAGUGGUAUCAAUAAUCACACUAUACUCGGUUAUAACAAAAAUUUAAAAACUUCAGAAAUCAUUCCUUAAACAUUGAUUAAACAUAUCACAUAUUUUAAAAGUUAUUUUUCAAAAAACAUUUUGUAUUUUUGUAAAUUAAUAUCUAUAUCUGAAUAUUUGUAUCAACUAUAAUUUAGUCUUAUAUUUGUUUAAUAAUAAUUAUUGAUAAUAAUAUAAUAUAAUUAAAUGUGAUUUUCAAUUUUGUCCUAAAGAUAAUAAUGUAUUGCCAAGUACUUUUGUUGUCCCUAUCUAAUGAUUGUUAAAAUUAUUUUUUUGAAGAAUAUAUUACAAUUUAUAAUGCAAGUCAAACGAAUCAUUUAAAUUUAUAAAUUAACAAUCGCAUUACCAUUCGAUUGCCAUCAUUGCACUGUUGCAUUAUCUUUUAUGUCAAUAAUUUUUUUUUGAAAGAAUAAAUUGUUUUGUAUAACCAAUAUAACAAUCUGAGGGUUUUUCUUUAUAAAUACUUACUUCCGUUUUUAGAUUUUGAUUAAUUUAACCACUUAAUUGGUUUUAAACUACUAUGGAUUUUUCACUAUAAUUUAUAAAAACUGCAGAACAUUUUGUGUGUCUUGGGUCACUUUUUCAGUUAGUAUAAAUUCUCCAAAUCUUUCGCACCGGAUAAAAUAUGUGGAUUUUUCGUCUGGCGUGUGAUGUUAUUACUUUACUUGAAACAUAUUUCUAGAUUCUUAAUGAUUUUUCUGAAAUUUCGUUAAAAACUAGCGAAAAAAAUAUGUCAAUGACAGUAUAUGCAAUCUAUUAUUUAUAGGUAUGCUCGUAGACAUCUGAAAUAUUGAAUUUAUCUUAGUGGACACAAAAACAUUUUUAAUUCGUUUAUUUUAAUAUUUUCGAUUUUUCUACGAAAGAUUACGCUCGUGGACCUCCUUUUCGCCCCAUUUUGACGUACGUGAAUUCUGAAAGUGUAGAAUUUUCUGGGUAAACAUGAAGUGUAGAACAAACAGAUUCGUUUAUACCGCGUGACGUAUUAUUAUUUUAAAUUAUUUAAUUUUGCGGAACGAGGAUAACGUUGCGGUUUCGGCGAGUAAGCCGUGACGGGGACACUCGUCACGGUCCAUCCAAAUCCCGUCCGUGGUGAAACUUUUAGCGGUGAACCUUUGUCCGGCAAUAUACGUACUUUUGGUCUCGCAUAUAUCAGCUGUACCGUCCCGACCAGAGUCUACCACUCCAAUGGGGGUGAAUCCAGUUAAUCGUUACGAACGGAUAGUUUCGCCUAAUAAUUAGGUAUGAUGAUUAGGUUAUGAUGGCGUGGUUGUAUACCCGGUCUUUGUAUACCCGGGAAACAUUUUCGUGGGUGGGAGGAAUAAUUCAAAGUUGGUCGUGGGUUCUUCGCGAAAUAAUUUGGAUUAUCGAGUGUUUGAAUUGUGUUGUUAUAAAUAUAUAAUAUAAACAUAAGAAGUUCGAAAUAUCGAGAUGGCUAAAAAGAAAAUUCGAAUUACCGCGAGUUAUGUUUACAAUAUAGUUUGUUUCCAGAGAAAAAGUAGUGGGCCAAUUUUCUAUAGUUUUUUUAAAAAAAAAACAAAUUCACUUUUGAAAUUACAUACAUGUAUACAAUUUAUUAUACAUAAACAACUGUUUACAAAUAAAAAUCUACCGAAUAUGUGAAAUAUGUCUGGCUCCCUUUUUUGAUAAUAUAUUUUAUUACUCUAAUCUCAUAAAGUAUAUAGCAAAAAUCUACUUUUCUAAAUUUUACAACUAAUUAAUCUGAUUUGCAAUUCAUUAUUCCGAGGUCCUAAUUUUGUAUUUAAGAAUAUCAGUGUUAAAGAAGGAAAUACAAUUUCAAUAGUGAUCAGCUGUCUUGCUUUCUUAAAACGAAACGCAUUGACGCAAAGCAUAAUUUUUAAACUUAUCUACUUAGCAAUUCCAUAAAACAAAUUCUUCAAAGUGUUUGUAUUCUGUAAAUUGAUCUAUUACUUUCAAUGUACCUAAUUCUACAUUAGAUGUGGAUGCAGCAAUGCCAAGUUAGUCAGUCUUUUUUGUCCGAUUUGACUUCGUAACCAAGUUAUUAAUUUAAAUAAGCAUCAAAGUAUAAAGCAUUACUAUACAGAGUGAUUUAUUUUAUUUAGGCAAUUUAUAACUUUUUCUUACUUCUCCGGUCUAAGCUUUAAACUGUUAUAACUCAUAAACGGUAAAUCUGAUAUUAGUGUUAUCAAAAUAUCUAGAAAAAUAUUCUCUAUUAAAAUCUGUGUUCAAAAAGGGGGGGAGUUCUAUUUGAAAAUUAAAAUUAUGUAUUUAUUUAAAAAAUAUAGAGUAGGAGUAAAAAAUUAUAAAUGGUUUUAAAAUAAAGCUUGAGUCAUUCUAUAAUAAUUAAAAAAAAAAACAAAAAUCAAAUUCACUUAAUAAUUCCAGAUAAUUCCUGGGUCAUGAUAAAAAAACAUCACCCUGUAUAGAGCAAAUAAAACAGGAAAUACAACUUAAAAUUUCAAUUAAUAUAAUAUUUUCCAAUUUUUUAACUUAAAACAUAAAAAUAGUACCCGUUCAACGUCAAAAUCAUUACCAUAAUUUUACUCUACUCGGUGUUCACUCCAAUGUAUCAUAAGAACAUAUCAGUAGGGUAAUAUUAAAAUCAAAAAUAAUUGAAUAAAAUAGUGACCCAAGGGAGGGGAGCGAUCGCUCUUUUGCUUGCCCCAGAAAUAUGCCUUUGCUAAUCUAUAUUAUUAUUUUGUCUUGAUCGCGAUCACCAUUCAUCUAUCGUUUGAGAUUUUGAGUAAAUUUGAUAGAAAUCCCCAUUAUUUUUAAACUCUCAUUUCGAAAAAUUAUAAUCGAUAAUUUUCAAAAAAGAUUCAAAACUCAAAAAUGUAUUAAUUCUUAUAUACAGCUAUCACCUUGUCUUAAAUUCGUUCCAAAAUAAAUAUACUUUGAGAUAUAGGUACUAUUAUAGAUUCACGGAAAACAAGUACAUGUAUAGUAAAAAAAUCAUAUCAAUUUGGUUUUGAAUAAAUAUAAUUUUAUCAAUAUUUAUUUAAAUAAAAAAUUCAUACAUAACUGUUUGAAAAUAUUAUAGUUACAUUUGUUAACAAAUUUUAGAAAGAAAUACAAAAAUAAUCGAUCCCUUUCAAAUUUGUUAUGAAAACUAUUGGUACUUUUCAAAACUCAAACAAAAAUCGAUCUGUACAAUAACCUGGUUAUUAUAACCACGAUGAAAUUAUUAUAUUACUGUAGUGUUGUAAUGUGUAAAUAAAUAAAACUGCAUACUGUCUUCGUAGAUAAUUGUUUUCGCGGAAAAUACUUCGCGAUUUCAUUAUACAGGGUGUCCCACGAAAAUAUACUCAUUGUAAUAUCUUCAAAGAUAAUUUUGAUAAUCAAACUUUGUUUUUUUUUUUAUAUUACUCACUAGAUAAGGACACAUAUUUAUGCUGCUAUUAAUUUUUAUAAUUUAGAAACAACUUAAAAAGUCUUUUUUAUUUUGACGUAUCAAUUUUUUUUUUCAUUAUAGAUUCAUGAUUUUUAAUAAUUUUUUAUAAUUUAGAGAAAAAAAGCUAACAGUCAAUUAGUCGUAAUAAUAACAAUCAAUUGGCAAAUGUGAUUACAGACUGCUGUAUAAUUUAUUAUAAGUACCUAGGUACUUUUCUUUGAACUUAAAAAAAAAAAAUGAUUAAUCAGGAAUUUAUGAAUUUAAUGAAAAUAAAAAGAUACUUUUCUUUUAAGUUUAUUAUCAGAACAUAAGAAAUUAAGUGCAACAUAAAUAUUUGUAGUCUUUAUCCCUGUGAGUAAUUUAAAAAAAAAAAAAACAGAAUUUAAUCAUCUUUAUCAUUUCCGGAGAUAUUUCAAUGGGUAUAUCUUACAUACGUGAAAUUGGCCGUCCACUAUGACCAAUAUUUUUGAAAAUAGUAUAAACAUUUUGCAAAAAAUUUGCAAAUGUUUGCAAAUCGGUUUUUAGUAUUCGCAAAUUAUUUUCCUGCCCUGUAUUAAAAAGACAAGCUAAUUCCAACUUUUGCAAUUAAUUUUAAAAUAAUAAAAUAAUAAAAUACACAGCACUUAUAAACACGGAAGAUUGAUGGUAGUUUAAAAUCGAAAUUAUAAUUAAGCUUGCGAUUAUCUGAAAAUGAAUCGCAAAAUUUGUAAUUAUCUUGUUUUUUAUUACCAGGCAGGGAAAUGAUUUGCAAAUUUUGAAAACCGAUUUGCAAAUAAUUGAAAAUUAUUUUUAAAAUGUUGAUACCAUUUUUAAUGAAAUUGGUCACGGUGGGGGGCCAACUUCACGCACGUGUAUUUCUUCGUCGAACAUCCUAUAAUAUACUAUAAUUUUAGUUUUGUUAGCAAUUUAGCACGAUAGUUGUAUUUGUGUUUAUAAGUACAAUAAUAAUAUAUGCAUUACUUCCGUUCUAUGAAUUAUUAUACGAUGAUGUAAAUAGCCAUAUAGCUAAUAUAUCAUUAAGUCAUCUCAGUUAUAUUCGUAUAAGUAUAGAAUGUACCCAAAAUGCAAUCGAUUGGAACACGAUGAAAUGUAUAUUAUAAUAUAAGCACCUGUUACUCUCAAGAGGCUCAACAGGUAUCUGGUUCACGUAAGGACUUUAUGCGAAUGCCUACUUAUGUAUGGGCAAUUUCUAAAACGAUGUACACGAUGAUUUAAAUAUAAUAGAACACUAAUUAAUUAACUAUAUAUAUAUUAAGAUACAAAUCAUAUUAUUUAGUAUAUGGUAUAACGUCCGACAUGUUAAUGAUCGACCAAUAAUAUACUGAUCGUUUUAUUACCGCGAACCAACGAUUAUCACAAAGAUAAUAAAGACAUUAAUAGGCCACGCUUAUCUUGAAUAUAUUUGAGGGUACGUGGUUUCGGAAGGAAAGUUCAAAUAGAGGCAAUUGAAGCCUUCUUGUCAUUUAAAUAUAAAGAAAAACCGCCAGAAUAAUGUACAGUCUAAAAAUUAAAUUGCAUUACAUAUCAAUGAUAAUACAUGUCUAUAUUAUGAUUCACUUUUUUUUUUUUUACAUAAUUUAUAUUAAUUAUAUUAUAAUUAUUGUUAUCGUAUACAUGAUUGGUCGUAAAAUAAAAAAUGAAACCUUAAAAUUGUAUCAAUAGAAAUGACGAUGGUGACGAAUAACUAAUCCGUGUCUUAAUUUUUUAUUCAUUAUCUAUGUAUAUUUUAAUAAUGAUUUUUCUAGAAAUUUUGACAGGCAUAACAUUAAUAUCAGGUUUAUUAUUUAUAAGUUAUAACAAUUUAAAGUUUAAACCGGAAGCGUAGGGAAAAGUUAUUAAUUUAUCAUUUCCAAAUAGAUAAAUUGAGUAUCGAUUUUCUUUUUCAUACUACUCCGAGCUAAACUUUUGAUUGUUAUUUCUCAUAAAUGGCAAAUCUAACCAUAUCAAAAUUGUAUACCUUGUUUUUUUAUAAGUAUUUAUAAGUACAAAUUAAGUAGAUAUUUUAAAAUCAUGGGGAAAUCGUAAUAGUAUUAGGUCAUUGAAUUUUUAAAGGAAAGAAGAAACAAGGUUGGGGUAAAGAUAAUUAUGAAAAUGUUAAAGUAUGGAUAGACUCAUGUCAACGGUAGGGAGAAUUCGAUUUUUUUUUUUCUUUAAUGUGAACAAAUCCUAGAUGCAUCACCUCAUCCCUUCGUCUCAGUCAAAUUUACCGGAAAAAUUGUGUAGACAAUAAAACCAUUGCAAUCCUUAAGACCGCCAUAAAUACGAACAUGAUAUUACAUACGAGUGUAUCCGUAUACAGACAAAUAAGCUAAAGAGUCUUAGCGAAAUUAUCUUUUUCCGUUGUAAUCUGCUAGUAUCUACUCUACUGGACCGAUAUCAUCGUAAUUUCGACUGUAUAAUAUUAUAUACAGGAGACCACCGCCGUAUAUUAACUAAGUUAUCUAUAUACUCAUAUAUAAUUUAUAUAUUAUAUAGAAAGAAUACCGCAUGACGACGAAACGAAAUACCCUACCUAAUAAAAUAUAAUAAUAAUAUUGUUAUCGAAAGAAAUGAAAUGACGCGCGCGGAUUUCGUUCCCGGGAGACUUGUUUUAAAUUUAUUUUUCCCGUUGUCACGCGUACCUACAUCAUGUACUAUCCCGGUUAAAAAGCGCAUAAUAAUUUAAAUCGUUCUGUGUAGUAGUCCUUAUAUAAUAAUAAUUAUAAUUAUAAUAUGAUGUAAAUAAUUAUUAUAUUACCUAAUGGAAUGUAAUUUGUUUGCGUGAACUUUGCGUAUAUUAUCAACCGUUAUUUAAAAAAAGCUCAUGCUGCUUAUGGGUGUUUCUCGUAAAUUGUUCUUAGUUUACUCAUAAAAAACAAGUUGGACUUAAUGUAAGAGUUUUUGUUUUUUUUUUAAAUUUGGUACGUAUUUUUUUAUUAACGUUAUUUGAAGUCCAAAGUUUAACGAAGAUCGUAUGAAUAACCGCAUUUAAAAACAUAUGUUUAACUAAACUACGCUCAGAAUCGUCUAUCGUUAGUGAAUACAAACUAAUUCUAUAUGUGUUAUCUAUACCUUUCAAACUUCUCAGCUACAACAGUGGCACACACGUCAGCAAUAUUAGGUUACUCGUCUUUUUUUUUUUUAUAAGUAAUAUCAACCAGUUUUACAUUAAGACUCGACACGACAUCGCGGAUUAUGCUGAACUGCAGUAAUAACUAUAUAAUAUAAAAUAUACAAGGUGAUUCAUUAAGUAUGAUCACCCCAUUUUUUUUUUUGUUGAAUUUUGAUAAAUUAAAAUUUUGAUUUUUGAAAUUUUUAUUUAUAGUUAAAGCCGAUAUUUUCACAACAUUUAAGGAGUAUCCUGUGGAGAUACCAAAUUUAAAUAGACGGAAUAUUAGUUUAAAUAAAUGUUGGUGUUGACAUUGAUUUCCGUCGACCUGUUAGCGAGAUAUUUCACUUUUAAGUUUAAGUAGGGGGAGAGUAGUGGAGCACUAUUGAAACGCCGUGCGCUGUGCCAUCACACAAAUGAUACUCCACUACUCUCCUUCUACAUUAACUUAAAAGUCGAAUAUUUCGUCAACAGUUUAAUGGAAAUUAAACAUUUUGAUAUCGACAUUUAUUUAAAGUAAAUAUUCCGUCUGUUUAUGUAAUUUUUAAUAUAGGUUAAGGUUCUCAUUUGAAAAAUCAAAUUUGGUAUCAUCAUAGGAUACUCCUUAAAUGCCGUGAAAAAUUUGAGUAUUCGAAAAUAUUGUCUUUAACUACACUUCCAAAUUCCAAAAACCAGAAUUUGAAUAAAUGCAAAAUUUAACCAAACAAAUAGGGUGACCUCACUUAGUGAAUCAUCCUGUAUAUUAUAGUCUCGUACUAAAUUUAUUUUCAAUUUAUCUAUAGAGUGUAUAUUAAAUGGGCAAAAUUCAUUAAUCUAUAUAUUACAAUAUAUUAAAUCGUUAUUCGUUUUGAGCUUGCUAGAGUAAUCCCGCAGAAGGGAUUAUCACUUAACCAUUUUUAAACGUUCGCCGGCUGCGCGUUUGACGGGUAGAGCUAUUUUGAAUUGAAUCGUGGAAACGAAUAACAAAUGUCAAAAAUAGCGUAGAACACACAAAUGCAUACACAAAAAAAAAAUCAUGAGUGAGUUAUUGUGGUAGGCCAAAAAUUGAGAAAGUAAUGGGAUAGAUAGGUGCAAACGAAAACCGAUUCUGACUGAAGUUCAAUUGAAGAAUUUGGAAGAUCAUGAUUUGAUAAAUUUAAAUUUAAUAGUGUAUAUGUAUCAGUUUUUUAAUAACAGAAAUAAUUCCAAUUGUUCGUGUUUUAACGUUUUUUUAAUGUUUUUUUAACGAAUUUUAACAGUUUUUUAAGUUUUUUAAGUUUAAAAUUGAAAUCUUGUUUAAAAUAAAUUACUUUUGUAUCCUCAUAAAGCUAAAAAAAAGACUGAUAUACUUCGCACGAUUGGUGGUGGUCCACUGUUGUAGAUGAAAAGUUUGGAAGGUAGGAUAUAGAAGGGAAUUUAAUGUAUACUAUCUGUAAGUAAAGAUUAAUUAUUUCUAACGAAAAACAAUUCUAAGCGGAGCUCGGUUAUUAGUAUUGCUUUUUCAACAAUAUAUAUAUGUCAUAUUAUAGUAAAAUAAAUAUAUAUUAAAACAAUUUGUAUGGAUUAGUAACUAGAUUUGUUCUGCAUAAUUAUUUACUAAAACGAUUUUCGUCAAAAUAUGAUAUUAAAAUUCUCAUAAAAAAUAUACAUUACAUCAAAUUUAAUUUUUUAUUGUUUUGACCACAAAGUACUUCCUAUUGAAUUUUCAAAUAUUUCUGUUUAGUUUAAUAAUUUUAUCCGCAGAUACCUACCAAAUAAAAAUUACUCACAAUAUUAAAAUGUCUAUAGAUAUGAACAUAAAGUGUUAAUAUUUUAAUAAGUAUAAAUAAAAAUUAUUAAUAAUAAAACUUCAAGGAAAAUCAAAAAGUUAAACUCAUUAAUGCACGAACUGUAGAUAAAAUAACUUACCUACCAGAAAGCUCGUAUAGUUUUUAAUUUGAUUUCUGGUUAGUAGGUUACACAAAAAAAAAAAAAACAGAUCAUUGCAAAACCAAAUCUGUUCGAUUUUACAACGCAUUAUAAAAAAAAAAAGUUGUUUUUGCGAUCGGUUAAACGACUAUGGCUAUCUCGCCCGACUCUUCUCCUCGAUCUAUCAAUGCCACUUUGAGGUCUUUGUAAGUUGUUUUUCUUUCUAUAUUAUAUUAUUAGGUUCUAUAUACCUAUAUUAUUAUCUUCUUCUGAUCUAUUUAAUAAACGAGGAGAGUUCUUAGUCGUGUACCUACGUAUAAUAUUAUUAUAUGCACUCGUAUUAUUAUACCUACAAUAUUAUAAAUAUUAUAACCUAUCGGCGAAAGUUUGGAUUUACAUAGAUACCUACUAUACAUUAUAAUUUUUGCUGAAGGGUACAACGGUUUGUAUCCAUAAUAUUAUAAUAAUAAAAUAUAUACCUAUAACCUAUAUUAUGUUACAAAACAGGGAAAACCGGAUAAAUUCACUGUAUUCUAUUCCUCCUGCAGUAACAAUCCAAGUAUAUGUACAUCAAUAAUUAAUUGCAAUUACAACAUCAGAUUACAUUAUACAAAAUAAAACUUGUAUACUCCAGUAUCAUAUUAUCGUUUGUGAUUUUUAUUUAUUAUUGAUUUUUGCAAGAAAAUAAAUCUUACCUAAAUAAAUCUUAUAGGUAAUAUCGGCUAUAUAGGUCUUACGUAUAUAGUAUACAUACCUGUUACACACAAAAAUGUUAUACAAUGUUUUAACUUUCACCGAUAACAUUUCUAUCUAAGUAAGUACAUAUACACAUUAUACAAUGGUAGAUAUAUAUUUUUUUUUAACAGCUUUUUAACUUUACUAGAUACAUAUAGUUAAUAUUAUAUUUUGUUGUCCAUUGUACAACUUAAAUACACCGGUAUUUAGUUUCCGUGGAAACACGAUGCGUCGUACAAACACUUAAAUUUGUAUAGCUGAUUGUGCAUCCGGUUAGUGGUUUAAGUAUUAACGGAUCGAAUGACUGAGUACUGAAAUAUUUGAGUAUGCUUUCAAAUAUUAAAUCGCUUGAAAAAAAGUAUCGAGUAGAAUAAAAACAUUACAGUAGUAAAUAUUGCAGAAAACAGAAUAAUUUGUAGGGAAAAAAGAAGAAUUGACUUUUGUAACCUAGUGGAAUUAACAUAUUUUUUUGCUUUACAACUAAAAGUAUAAAUUAAUUAAAAUAUAUUUCUUUUUAACUUUCAAUUAAAAUUUAUCGAUUAUACUAAUUUGCCCACAUUUUUUGAUGUUUAGUUAAACUUUGAACACUACUCGUAUACCCUACCAUACGAUAGUAAUGAUUUAUCUAUGGAAAACUGUUUCGUCACUUUUUUAACGGUGUAUUUAUUACGUUAUCUUAUAGUUUAUUUUAUUCUAUAAUAUAUGUUUUUCUUACGAAAAUUAAUUUAUUAUUUUUGCAAUGAGUUUAUACGAUUUAUACUUUACAUGAUUUAAGCACAUAACUUACAAAUAUAAUUUCCGUGGGCUUCCGUUUAAUAUUACAUUUUCCAUUCCGUAAAUAAUAAAAAAUAAUAAUAAAAAACUACAACAUAUUUAACAUUUUAAGUAUUUAUAUAUUGAGAAUUUUCCCUAAGUGCAUUUAUUUUUAUUUUACAACAACAUCGUUGUAUAUUAUUUCUCAAUUGAAAAUAAUAAAAAAGAAAGAAUGAUUCUGGGGACGAGUGUGUCACUGUUGUAGUUUGGAAAUUGGAAAUGUAAGACACGAAAUAUUAUUUAUUAGAACAUAUACGUGUAACAACAUGGUUAUACAUGUUUUGAAAAGCUGUAAUAUUCGCAAUUUUCGUCAAAGUUUGAUAUUAAAACUCUUACAAAAAAAUGUAUUACAUUACUCACUUUUUUUUUUUUUACUAUUGUUUAUGACUUAUAAUGACACCUCCUAUUAAAUUUGCAUACAUUUUUGGUUGGUUAAACAAUUUUAUUUACAAAGUACCUAUAUCAAAUAAAAAUUAAAAAACACGCAAGUAUAAAAUGUAUAAAUAACUCAAUAAUCACCAUAAUGUUUUGAAAAUUUUACCACGUCUAGAAAAAGCAAAUAUAAGAUUUCUGUCAACAUUGCAAUUCCUUACGAAUAUUUAUAGCUGAAUUACAACAAAAAAUCAAACUAAAAAUAAGAAAAGCAUUAUUUUUGUACAUUUUCUGUUUUUCAGUUUUCCUCAAUUAUUUAAAGAAUUACAAAAGAAAACUAAAAACCAACUUUCUUGUCUAACUAGAUUGUAAAUGCAAAAAAAAAGUUUUCUUGUUUUUUUUCUGUAGGAGCUAUGUUUGUAAUAAAAAAACAUAAAAAGUACAAAUUUAAAAUAAUGAAAUCUGUAAUACUGUAGCAGCGUGACAUAAAUGUUUGCCGAUUUUUCGACAAUUUGCUUUCGGUUUUUCUCAAUUAAUAUGAAAACUCAUCAGAAAAUCAAAAAGUGUUUUCUUCAAUGCAUCAACUAGAUACAAUUUUCUUUUUCGUUUUUUUAGAUAUAUAUAUAGAUACUCGGUGGAUAUCAUUUUCAGACAAAACAGAAAUGCUUGCAAAUUUAAAAGGAGGUUCAUUAAAAGUCGUACUUAGUAGAAAAAAAAAUUAGUGUAAUAUAUAGCAUUUUAUUUUAUUUAUUUCUAUAAAAGUAUUGAAAUCAAAUUCUAACGAAAAUCGUAAAUAUUAUAUAGCCUUUCAAAAUAUGUCUAAUCGAACUUUGCUCCGAAUAGUUUUUUGUUGUGGUUUAUUGUUGGUUACAGGUAUUUUAUGUAUUCCACCUUUCUGACUACCCACCUACAACCCGUCCCCAGUAUGAGCCCUUUUAGUUUUAGUUAAUUUUUCCGCUGUAUCCUACCCGUCGUGGUUUCUCGUUACGAAACGAUUAUUUUCAAUUAAGUUUCGAUAUGAGCUUGUGGAGAAAUUUUAAAUUUAUAACAGCAAAACAAUAUGAUAUUUCCUCUCGCAUACAAUAAAACACAUUCAAUUUGAAUUGACCAACCAGAAUCGACCUAGUACUGAAACGGAUCUCAAAAAGCUAAAUAUACCUUUGAUUUUCAGAGUCGUGUAAUAUAUGUACAUCAUAUGUACAUUGUACAUCUACUCCAUCUAUAUAAAGGUACUUUUAAGUAACAAGAGGGAAAAACGAAUGCCUACAUGAUUAGUGAGUCGAAUAUUUUAAUGUACUGCUGUAUGAUGGGGGGAACGUUUUAUAAUAUUAUAUAAUCUAAGUAUGUUAAUUUGGCGUACGUAAAAUGGCGUACGAAAGUCAUCAUGUUUGUGUAGUGGAAAACAAUCGACGUUCGUGUAUGCAAAUUUGCUAUCAGUUUUAGUAUAGGUACCUAUCUAAAACGAUAUUAUAAUUUUUACUUUUAGUCCUGAGGCAUAAAUAUGAUUUUAAUAACACCUACGUUUUUAUACUGGUAUUAUCGUAUUAUAAUAUGCGUAGUUAGCCUACUUUUUUUUUAAAUCGCGUAUGGAAUUCGAAUUUAAUCAUAUCACGUGUUAUGUUACAUAAUUUCAAUAUAAACACAUAUUGUGUUCAUAAUAAUAUUUUAAUCAGUAUAUAGGGACAUACCUAAUUUUUAUACGCGGUUUUUCCUUAUUAUAGAUGCGUCAACAUAUUUUAUUUUUAUUUUUACAUGUCACUGAUGUUUUUCGGGAUAAUCGAACAUGUAUUUAUCGAUUUCAUACCACAAACACAACGAAAAACCAUUUUUUCCCCCGUUCAUAUACGAAUUAGGUAAAUUAUUAUUUUAAAAACCGAGGCUUAUAACAAGCAAUACAUAACAGCAAAUCUACCCUUGUACAUAGGACAUAGGUAAAAGGUAUACUAGUUCAAAUGUUCCAAAAUGAUUUAUUCGACAUUUAUUCGAUUUAUUCGACGAGAAAUUCACCGUUGUCUCUUGUAUUAUUAUCUUAACCUUUUAUAAAUACAACAAAUAUAUAUAUAAGUAUAAUUUCGAAAAUGAAUAAUAAUAAUAAUUUGAAAAUAGCGUUAUAUCUAUAGCUACACACUUUUUAAAUAAAACAUUAGAGGUCUUCUUUUUAUAGAUCUUGAGUUCCUGUGUAUCUCCCAAAACGUAAUCUUCUAACGUUAAUACUCGCCAAAUAUACAUUUGCAUAAUAUAAUAUUUACACCUUACUAAUUUAAAUCGCAUAAUUUUUUAAUCUUCUACAUUGUUUCAGACUGGAACAUGGAUAUAUAUAUAUAUAUAUAUUUUUUAGUAAGUGUAUGCUACAUUGUUUUGCCUGUUGUUUUAUUUCCCAUGAAAAAUACAUUAUCUCUCGUUUAUAAUAAUGAUAAAUAAUAAUGUAUGUUUUUUUUUUCAAUAAGAUAUUAGAUUUGUCUUUUUCGUUUCAUAAAAAAUAAAUUGAUUAAAUUACGUAAUAUACAAACCUUCUAGUUGUUACAUAAGUUCAUUAAUUUUCUAUAAUAUAAACAACUUUUGUAAUCAUAGUAAAAUUAUAAUUACAAUAAUUGUAAUAGUUCAUUUUUAAUUUAUAUACCAGUUUGCCUACCUUAAUAGUACUAUGUAUCAUGCCUUUUUGAUUUUGUUUAUAAUUCAACAAAUUAGAAGAAGAUUUUUUUUUCUUUUUCGGAUAUUCAGAAGUGAAUCUGCAAAAUAUUGAAUAAUAAUUUAUAUCAUAUUUAAGUCAGAGAAACUGCUUAAUAGUUAUAUAAUCACGGGAUAUUUUCAGAUGUUAAAUCUACUAUUAUAAUAGUAAAUAAUAAAAAUUAAUUUUAACAAAAAUGCGUCCUAGGAUAAUAGGGACUGGUGCAGCCACUGUUAUAGGUAAUUUAAUGUAUACCUGUAAGCAAUGAUAAACCAUUGCUUACGAAAAAACGUUUCUGACCGGAGUUCAGUUGAUAGUGCUGCUUUUUUAACAAUAUAUUCCAUAGCAUAGUAAAAUAAUUAAAUAUGCUUUAUGUAUUUUCUUUCAUAAUUAAUUAAUGUUGUACCGAUUUCUUCGGUUUUCCUACGUUUUUUCCGGUUUUCUCAUGUUUUUCCCAGUUUUAUACAUUUACUGAGAAAACUCCAGAGAAAAUCGAAGAACGACUUCUUUAAAGUACUUAUUAUCUAUUAAAAGUUGGAGCAAAAUUGCUGGAAGAAAAGUCGUCCAUAGAUAAAAAAAAAAUAUAUCUUUAUAAAACCAUAAGCUUCUUUGCUUCACUCAGAAUCGAAUACUUGUCUAUUUAACUAUACUACGUUACUAUACCACUAUUCCACUUCGUGGAUUUUAAAAAAAUAUUUCGACUGAGUACAAGGCAUUAAAAUUACAAUAAGUAGUUCGGGUGUUAUGUAAUUCUUUUUCUUUUUCUUUUCACUAUUAAUGACUAACUUAAAACUUUAAUAAUUCAAGAUAAGUAUAAAAUUAAAAACAUCCAGCAAAUUUUUCGAGUAAAAAUAUAAUAUUAUUAAAUGACAAUGCUCAUUAAACACUUAACACUUUACAUGCAUAUAUUAGUUUUAUAAAUCUUCUUAUUAAAAACUCGGAACACCAUUGAUCAAAAAAAGAAAAAACACAACGCCCGUGAAAUGGCUAUAAUCAUACUUAAACUGUAUAAUGAAUGAUUUGAAUAAUGAAAACUACACAAACAGAUUUGCGUCACAAAUUCUUCUUUAAACAACGUCGCUGCUAACAUGGAAAAAAAACCAACACUAACAACCUCCUAGCCAUAAAACCCUCGAGAUUGCCACAGUUUGGGAAAUCGGAUAUCUCUGAUUUGUUUGCUCAUUCGUACACACAAAUUUUAGCGGAUCUCGAUGCAAAGGAAAUAUUGUUAUAGAAAAUAUUUAUUUUUUCAAGAAAUGCAUCACUUCGUUGACUUAUUCCUGAAUUUAGAUUAAAUUUAGUAAAUUGUACCAACAUGUUGGUACAAAUUUUCUGUAAACAAUGUUAACAGCCAAAUUAAAUAAUAAUAAACCAAACAUAUAUUCUAAUAUACCUGAGUAUUGAAGUAGUGUAAGCUCCUAACGAAUUAAAUUUAUAUAUAAAUAUAAACUGUUGUAUGAUUGUAAAUUGAUUUUACAAUAUUAUGUUGUUAACUGUUAUGCUUUCACGGCUUCAGUUUUCCUCUAUUUGUCAUUCUUGGACUCUCGAUUAUGUGAUCAAUAGCUUCAGUUAUUUACCCAGUUAUGGGCACAACAAACUUAAACUCUUAUAGAUUCGUUCUUAUGCGAUCCAUCCUUGUGAUAUCAGAUAGACAACCUUCGUAAAAUUUUCAUCUCAUUUUCGCCAAUGUCAACAGAGCAUCUUAAUAUAUAUACAAAUGUAAAACGUACAAAUUUAAAAUAAUGAAAUCGUGCCGAAAAUAUUUCCGUUUUUCGAUAAUUAUUUUCCGGUUUUUCCCAAUUAUUAUGAAAAUCAAAUGAUGUUUUAUCUGAUGUACAAAUUAGAAAAAAUUUCCUUCUCAAAAAAGUGCAUAGGAGCAAGAUUUUUAGUAGAAAAGUUUCUCACGGACAUAACAAAAAAAAGACAGACGGACAUACUUCGCACGUGGGAUGACCACUACUAUAGGUGAAAAGUUGGAGAAGGUAGUCGGGAAAUUUACUGUGUAUCAAUCGAUUAACCAUUGCUAAUGAAAAACGAUUCUGAGUAGAGUUCGGUUAAUAGUGUUGCUUUCAUUAACUUAAAUUUAUACGCUUUAUUUUUUCUACCAGAAAUAUUACUCCAAUAGAAAAAUAACAAGAGAUCAAUCCUGUCCAAUAUAGUAUACAGUCACUGAUAGAGAAAUCUUUUUUUUUUUUUAUCUCAAGUAUUUUUCACAAUUGGGAAAAACCAAAAAAUACAAUUUUUUUCAGAUCACGGUGCAAAGAUUUAUGUACGUUUAAAAAUAUCCUCCAAUUCUCGUCAUAAUUGCUGUGUUAUCAAGAGGACAAGAACUGCAGGAUUUUGAGCAGCAUCAUUUUUAAGCUUUUGAGCUAAAAAAAAACAUAUAUUUUAUUAUACAAUAUACUACUCGUGUUCUUAUUAUAGUACAGUAAACAGUGAAUUACGUUUCAACUUUCAAAUAUUAAAAUAUUAUUUUAUUAUUACCAUAGGUAAUUUGAAUGGCUGGUGCAAAUUGGCGAUGGACAUGUUUUUUUUUUUUUUAAAUUAAUGAUGUAAACGUAUAGAAAUGUGACGCUUUUCAUUUUUUUUUUUUUUCGAGGACUGUAAAAAACUUCCUGCUAUUUCAUCUUUUCAAGAUUAUCGUGAUUAUCUAUCAGACUUUAUGUUUCUCAUUUAAAUUAACAAUACAUAAUAAUACUAAGAAAUACGGAUAACUAUACAAAACAAAACAUCUCACUUUUCAAUUUUAUAUUUAUAUAUACGAAGCUGCGUUCGUAUCAGAUCGUUUUCAAUAUUAAAAUGGUAUAGUUCUCUUCCGCAUUAUUAUCUGUAUAUACUAAAACCAAAAUUGUUUUUUGAAGUAAAUUGUUGGGUAAGAUACUCAGUAAAUUCAUUUGGAAAUGACGGUAUAAAUAAUGUUUCGGUGACGUAGGUACAAGACUGCAUUAUUAUCUUACAGAUUAAGGAUUCGGUUUGUGUUUAGUUUUCUUAAAAUGAAACAAUUGAAGAAUCUGCAGUUCGCACUGUAAUUUAUAGCGUCUCUGUUUGAUUUGCCUUCAAUUGUGAUGUUUUGUAGAUUUGAACUACAGUUAUUAAUAUUUUAGAUGUCAAAAAAAGGGAAGUUAUUUUCUAGAUUGUGCAUUUUUCGCGUAAUGUCGACAAAUGAGGGAAUUCAAUUUUAUUAGCAUACAAAUAUUAACAAUUAGAUAUACUUACACUUGCAAAAUAUUUAAAUCUAUUUAUUUGCGUGAAUAAAUAUAUUUUACAACCUGGACGACAGUAUAAGCCAAGUAUUUAAAUUCAAUACCAAGUAAUUUUAGUGAUAAAAAAUUUUUCAAAUAAAAACUUUCUUAGGUACUAAUGAAAUCUAAAACACCAAAAACAAAAAUAAAAAUACAGAUACAAAAAAAAAAACACACAUCAUUGUAAAACCAAUACAUUCCUCGCUACAUUCAGAAUUUAAAAAAAGUGUAUAGGUAUAUAAAGUAUACCAUCAAAUUAGGGUCUCAUUCCCACUAAGUUAAAUACAUCACUGGCUUAAAACAUUUUUUCAAAACUACAAAAAUUCAAUUCAAAGACAAGUAUUACCUUUAUAUCAUUUACAUAGUCAUUGAAAUCGUUGAAUAGAAUUUCGCGAUUUUAGUGUUUUCUUUCGAGUUAACGGUACAUUUCACUCUGUUUAACAUGUAAAUAAGACACUUUUAAUCAGUCAUAUCACCAUAAGACUGUAAAUUUAUAGCAAAGCAGCUUUUCUAACUUAUUGUGUAAGACUAUUUUAGCUUUCGUAUAAAGUAUAAAAGUUCGAAUUAUUAUAUAAUGAUGUAUAAACAACAACUACCGAUUUGACAAUUUUAUUAUAGUGUAGUGAAGAAUGUAUUGGUAUUGAUAAUGUAUUUACUAAGAAGUUUAUUUUAUUUUUAUUUUUUUACACUGUAUAUAAAAUUCUACCAGAAAUCUUGCUCAAAUAUUUAUGCGUGGCAAAAUUUUUGAUAGGGAAUUAUGUCCAGAUGAUACUUUUGGGAGGUCAUUUUUUGAUUUUUCAUGCAAUUUUUACAAUAUCUAGGAAAAACCAGAAUAAAACGUAAUAAAAACAGGGAAUUCACGAAAAUAGUGCUUUUAUUAUUUUUCAAUUUUGUUGUGAUUCAGUUAAAAAAAUUCGUAGAGACUCUAUGGACUUAAAAUUUGGACAGGAAACUUAUAUUUGCCUUUUUACCACGUCUAAAUUGUUAGACUUGAACAAAAAUGCUUCAAAAUUUAACAAGAGGUUCAUUAAGUUUUAAUUUGUGGUAAAAUAAAAAUUGAAUUCAAUGUAGUAAUUUUUUUUUAAAAAAAGAAUUUUAAUAUGAAGUUCAGACGAAAAUUGUUUAAGUGAAAAAUUAUGUGGAACAAAUCUUAUUUUUCAAUUUUUUUUUUUUUGACAAUAUGUAUAUUGCCGAUUUAAGAAGGAUGGUGAAGUCAAAAUUAAGCGGACAGACAAGUUUCGAAAUUAUAGCUUUAUGAAGUUUUGAUAUUGUGCGGAUAAUAUAUGUUAUGUUAAAUAACUCUGUGUUGCCCUUCUUAAAGCAUAUUUGUCGUAAUCUAAUAGUAUUUAAGCCUAUUAUCAUCCUAGGGGUUCCGAGUUCAACUAAGUGUCGAAAAAAAAUUUCGCAUUUUUUUUCUUUUUUACCUAAACAAGGAAAAAACAAAUACCUUUCGGAUGUACCUAAAGACCUAAGCCAUUGCUCCCUUGGACUAUUUUAAUCGCAAAAUACUCCUCGAUUUGUUUUGAAACUCCCAGAAAUCUUGCUCUGUUGUAUCAAGUGUAGCUUAUUUUCUGAAAGAAAAUUUUAUCUCCAUGAUAAUUUAGGGAAGUCAUUUUUUGAUUUUUCAAGCAGUUUUUAUAAUAUCUGGGAAAACCCGGGAUAAAAUGUCGGAAAAACAGAAAAUGUACGAAAUGUAGGUAAUAGUAAAAAAAAUAUUAUGGCCUUUUUUUUUGUUCAGAACUUUUCUACCAGCAAGUUUCAACGAUUUAAAAUGAUAGCACUAUUUCUGAAAGGAAAUCUGACUGGGAAAGUACUUUAGAGAGGUAAUUUUUCGUUUUUCCCAGGAGUAUGCUCAACAAAUAUUAAACAAUAUUAAAAAAAUAUUAUUAAAGAAAAUAUUUAAUGCCUAUUUAAUUAUUUUACAAUAAUAUGAAAAACAUAGUAAAAUAAACAAACUAAAAUAUAGUAAAACAUUACUAUCUACUGAACUGCGCUCAGAAUUUACUUUCGUUAGCAAUGGUUUAUCGUUGCUUACAGAUAUAUAUUGAAUUACCUAUGACAGUGGCUGCACCCGUUUCCAUUAUCCUUGGAUGUCUUUUUUAUAAUGGAUUUUGUGGUAUUUUCAACAAUUACUCGGGUCAUGACCCGAGUAUUCAUAUAUACAUACAUACAUACAUGGUCUUUGGUGAAAAAUCUGUUUCGGUAGUAAUUGCGGACUUGGAUGUCAGACGAUUCGCCGUGUUAGCGCAACCGUUGUCUUCGCGAUCAACAAAAAAAAAAAAUCCAAACGGGAAAAUGAAUUUACUUAUGGACUAUAUAGCCAUCACAGAUAGGUAUUUUAUUAUCUUACUCGUUCCACCUACACUCGCAGAUAAUAGGCGUGCAAAGAGUUGUGAUGCGAAAAAUACGACGAGGAUUUCGUAAUUCGAAUACCCACAGCCGUAUAAUAUAAUAUAUUAUGGGAUUAUAUUAUUAUAAUAAUAAUAAUAAUGUGUAGGUAUUAGGUACAGUUUGUUCUUUGAAUGACAAUCCGCUGACCGUCGGGGAAUACGAUUAUUAUUUUUUGCGCUUUAUAUUUUUACAGUUACUGUCAUAAAAUCGGGAACCCUGGCUCCCGAUUCGUCCAUACCCCCGGGACGCAGUGAACAUGACGCGUUAUUUUCAAACAUGAGACGUAUCAUGAUGAUUUUCUCUCCGGACUCUUAGUAGGGUGAAGGAGUAAUUUAAUUAAAAAUGAGUCGAUGGCAAAAUAAGCCAUUAACUUUACCCUGUAUUCGAAUAAUGUGUAUACUAUAUGUUAGAUAAUAUUUAAUUUUACUCACUAGGAAUAAUAUAUAAAUCAAUAGCUAAAGUAUGAUACUAAGUAAAGUUUUGUUUUAAAAAUACAUGGUUUUUACGAUUUUCGUCGAAAUUCGAACUUAAUAUAUUUUUUAAAAAAAACUACGACAUUACAUUCAACUUUUUAUUUUUUGGACCAUUUAUUUAUAAAUUUCGUGUAAAAUGUUUAAGUAUUUUUGCUUUGUUAUAAAAAUUUUGUUCGCAUAACCACCACCAAAAAAAAAAAAUCUUCAAAAAUAUCAAAUGCCUAGAAAUAGAUCAAAAAUAGUCAGAAUUUUUUUCGAAAUGUGAUCGUGCUUAUAAAAAAACUAUCAAAAAAAUAAUGCAAGUAUUUUGUGUAAAUUCUGUAGAGACUGUGUCUCAACGUAUUAUUUUAAACCAGAUUACAAAAAAAAAAAAAUCGAAAAAAUGAAAUAUUUAUUGCCAUAAGCCCAUAAAUUAUAAUAUUCGAGUGAGUAUGUCCUUAUUUUACUGAUGUUCCAACGAACAAUUUGUUAAAGUUAUUCUAAAUGUCGAUCGCGGUUGAGAAAUAAUUGCUUGAAAUAAAUAUAACAUAUUUUUAUAUUCUCACGUGUAGAAAACUAAAAAAUGCAAAAGAUUAUAUGCGGGUGAAUAAGAUACUCGUUUUUAUAGAUUAUAAUAUAUAUACAUUAUAUAAGUGUACAAAUUAUUAUGGUCAUAAAUUUGUUUGUUCUCACGACAAUAUUUACAAAAAAAAAAACCAACACAAUUAUUAAUUAUCCGUUAGAUUAUGUACACAAGUUUUUUUUUUAAAUAUAAUUUGUUUUUACUCGUAAUUAAAUCAAAAAAUUUAAUUUUGAGGGUAAAAUUAUUUUCAACGAGUUUGCAGGACAAAUAAUUUGUUUGUGCACGAGGCUCGAUUGAAGUAAAAUUCAAUGUACCCGGAUUUGACAAAAUUUAAUAACGCCUUUAUGUAUUUAUUAUCCAGCGCAACGGUAGUGGCACGAAGUUAAAUAAAAAAAAAAUAGCGUAGUAGCCACUAAAGUAUAGUAAAAGGAAACCGAGUUGUACCAUUGAAAACCCAUGCUUAUUUGUGUUGAUCCAUCGGUUAAUUAUACAGGUUACAUGGCUUAACAUAUAAGGUAUCAAUCAAUCAGAAAUAUUGUGCAAAUGGAAACAGAGGAACUCGUUUGCAGAUUAGUUAGAUGGAUUAAAAAUUACAACCAAAAAUGUUCAAGUAUUUUUAAGUCCAAUUUUUCGUAUUUGACGAAAACAUCGUAAAAUAUGCUACUUUCAUUGCUGUGGCGACGACGGCGUAAAAUAUAAUUGUCUCCCGAUCUGCCGCUUAUCCAUCCCACUACUUUCGUUGGUGUAGCUACGAUGACGCCGGACCCUCUGUUAUUAGGUUUAUAUUUAACGAUCAGUUUCGAAUUCAAAAUUUAUCUGCAGGUUUAACAAAGUAAAGAAAAAAACCAGCGACUUUUUUUUUUUAUACAAAAUAGCUGAUAUCACACCAAAAAUACUUCGUUAAGUAACCACUAUAGUAAAUUUCGUAAAUAAAUUAAUAAUUUUAUUUAUAAACAAUCAGUAGUCAAAGUGGCUAAAAAUAAGUCGAGGGAUACCUAAACUUUUAUACUAUUCUAAUAGUAUGGCUUAUACACGUGGAGGUGAUUGGAGGUGGAGAUGAGUUGAACCCUAUAGCCCUUAUUAUUUGUAUAAUAUAAUUUUAUAUAUAGUAUAUAGUUUUUCAGUUUAAUGCUUUAUUUGUUGGUGUAUUUAAAUUUGUAUAUAUAUUUGUAAUUGUAAAUUUAAUUAUAUUUUUAUUGAAAAACGUAAAACAUAUUUACAUAAAUAUAUAAUUUAUGCGCAUACAGCUUAUCAAUAGAUUCUAACAGUAUGCAUUAUAUCAUUAUACAGUAGGUAUAAAACAAAUAAAAAAACUUAACUAUUUAUACAUUAGUCAUUACUAUAGUCUAUAGACUAUGAUGACAUAUUAUGAUAUAAAAUCACCAAAAUCAAUAAUCUUUGUAUAUAACUAUAAGGAGGAUGUAUUAGUUUGGAAAAAACUAGUGGAGAGAUGAAAAAUUUAGAUUAUAUUAAGUGGUGGGAUAUCAUCCCCCAUAUCCCCCCCCCACUUCGACCAUCGUAAAUAAUAUGUUGACUAAGUAUUUAACUUUACAAUUGAUCUUAUUUGUCGUUAUAGGUAUUUGUAAUAAAAUAAAAUAGCACUUUACUAAAUUUUCAUAUUAUAUCACGUCUUUUAAAGAUUUAAUCAUUAAUAAAUUUAAUUUUUUUUAACUUAGCUUUUUUUACAUGAAGUUAUAACGAAAUGUUUUUAGUGUGAUAUUAAAUACAGCACAUUUGUUCCUAUAAACUUUCCUGUAGUGAAAUUGUACACACGCAUACAUAUAAUAUUCAGUAUCGGUAUAAUCAAAGUGUACACAAAUAAUGAAACCUGGACAUUUUUAGGAGGUUUUCUGUGUCCGAAUGGACAAUCAGUAAAUUAUAUUUGGACACUCAGUAAAUUAUAUUUGGACACUCAGUUAUGUCUAUUGGACACCCAGCAGAGUACGAUUUUGUUUACUGUCAGUGGUUUAUUUGAAAAGAAAAAUAGUAAAGGUACUCAGCUACUUUAAAAAAGUAUAAGCACCCUUAGCAUUUUAAUAUUCCAUGCGCUACAGUGUAAGGCUUCGGUCCCACAUCACCUUUUACAGUCAUUUUAAGAAGCAUCAAUCUAAUAAAUAUAAUUAAAUACGUAUUAUAACAAAAUAUAAAUAGAUCAGCAUCAUGGUUUAUUUUUUUUUUUUAAGAAAUAUGACAUAAGAACCCUGAAAAUUUUUUUAUUUCUCCAUGCGUUGUAGAAUUGUCAAUCAUAAAAACCAACUACUAAAGAGUAAAACUUACCGAAUCCUAACUACUAUUAAACAAAAUAUUAACCGGCGCGUGACGUCAUCAUACAUGUCAGAACUCAGAAGAUUGAUAAUGGGCAUGACAAAUUUUUAUCAUGAGUACAUAAAACACAUUCCUCGUUUCCUCUGAAAUAAGAAAAUAGCAUGUUGUUCAAUGGUAAAACUAUAAUAGGUCAGUAAUUACUGGUUAUCUGGAUUUAUAAAUAAUGAAUGGUUAUUAGUGAUAGCUACUCAUCAGUUAUCACUUAUCAAAUAUGAGAUAUCAAUUCCUUUUUGUAAAUAUAAGAAAUUUUAUAAGAUUUAUACACUCAACACAAAAAUUUAAAUUGAGCAAUUUUAUAAAAAUAGGCACGCUUAAAAAACAACCUGACCCCUGCUUUUCCUUUUAAAAAUGGGACAUACUAGAUUAUUCAAAAAUAAGUUGAGGUACUUAGUACCCUCGUGUUUCUUCCAAAUCAAGCAUGUAUUACUGUGUGUUUACUAGAAAAUACAAGAUAAUAAUGAUUAAACUAGUCAAUUUUGUAACAGAAUAUUAUAAUUUAUACACAGUCACUAUUGGAAGGAUGAUUAACUGGGAAAAUUCCAAAAGUUAACGAAAUGUUUGAUAUAUCGGCUCAUAAAGUUUUUUUUAUGGGAGGGCAAAGUGAACGUGCAGGCCGAAAUUCUUAAAAAGAUCCCCAUUGAUGAAACUAUAAUUAGCACAUUUUUUAUCAUCAAGAUAAUUUUUGACAUCGAACGAGUUUUUUAUUUGAUUGUCCUUUGUGUACUGUAAUAUUUUAGUUACGUACCAUAAAGUUAAACCACGUAAACGUUAUUAAAAUCCAUUCAUAUUUGUAUAUACACAUUGUCAAAUUAAUUAUUAUUAUUAUAACCGUAUAAUAUAAUAUUUGUGUAUACGAAAAUUAAAUAAUUUUAUUAGUGAAUUCACUGCUGUUUUCUGUAACGCGCUUAACGGCAACAAGCAACUUGUAAAUUAGUUUUGUAAAUUAAUUUCAUUAUAAUUUUACUAUUAAUACUAAUAUUACGCAUUCCUCACUUCGCUCAGAAUCUAAAACGGAAUUAAUAUUUUAUAAUAUCGUAUAUAGAAAUAAUAUUAUUGUAAAUUUUGUUUUAUAUAGUGAAGUAUACUACUGUCAACGUGAAAGCUUCAUCGAUCGUAUUAUAAAUAAUAUGAAUUGUAUAAAAGUGUUGUAAUACAUUUCUAUUACACUAUAUAAUGUUUUUUGUGCAUACAAGAGUACUAUUAUUGUGAUAUGAGAAUGCGCACAUCAUAAUAGACCCCCCCGAGUAAGAAAUCAAUUUUCGAGAUUUUUCACAUGCAUCAAACACUAUACAGAUUUUGGUGUGAUGCUAUAUUAUUUAGGUGCUCGCUGAAAAUACAUGACUGGUCAAUUUUUUAUUCUAUCUGUCGUUUUAUUUGUGUCAAAAAGUACCUACUAGCAAAGACCGUGACGUACCUAUAACAGACAAUACAAAAUAUUAGUUUUGAAUAGUUUAUCUGCAAACUGGAGCCAUAAACAUUUCAUCGAAAAAAAUGUAAAUAUUUUACGUUUGCUGGUUAUAUUAUCUAGUUUUUUGCAUUAGGAGGACAUUUUUGGAUUUUCCUUGUAGUUUUCUUAAUAAUCGGAAAAAAUUAAAAGGAAAUGUAGGAAAAACGGAAAAGUUUACUGCAUUAACGAUUUCAUUAUUUUCUAUAUUGUUCGUAUUUUAUUUUUAUUUUUUUUGUAUACAAUUCAAAAUAAUCUUUAAUAUUUAAAACCUAAAAGUUUCACAAAAUAUCUAUUUAUACUAUCCUUUUCUUUAAAUCAUUAAAUGUUUUGGUUUAAUUUUAUAAGAACAAAUCGUGUAUGACGAUUUGUAGAUAAUUUUUUUUUUAAUUAUUAAAGUGAAAUACCGAAAAUUCGAAUCAAUAUUUUUCAAAAACUUGCAUAAAUGAUGUAUAUAAAUAAAUUCUAAAAAAAAAUAACUAUGUACAUCUAGCCAUAUAAUCAAACCAUGCGAUCAAUUAAAUUUAAUCAAACUCUUACUUGUAAAAAAUUAGUUACUUAGUUGCUUAAAAAAAAGAUUUAAUUAAAUUUAAUCGUUUUAGCAGCAACUGAUUAACCGCAGAGUGCUGAUUUUUUUUUUAACGAGUCACGAGAGUGUAUUUAAAAACGAUAUUAUAAAAGCUGGGUUUUUUUUCCGGUUUUUCGCAAUUUCCGGGACACCGAAUACCGUUCACGUAAAACGAUUUUUCGAACGGUUUUUUACCUGCAACUUACCUAUAUUACGCGUCUAUCAGUAUAAAAUUUAUAGAAAAAAGUUUGGAAAACCAUAAAAAAAAAAAAAUAAACAAGGUGGAAAAACAAUAAUAAUUUUUUUUUUCGAAUACUAUUAAAAUAAUCUUCAUCGCUAUAGAAAUUAAUUAUUCCCAUCGUCGUCAACUCCGUAAGUAGAGAUUAUUGUACUCUAUUGUGUCUGAUGUAAAUAUAAUAAUAUAUUAUAACAUACCGACUAAUUAUCUUUUCGAUUGAUUUCUGUUGAAUUUACUUCGCAAGUAGAGAUUAUUGUACUGUUAUGUGUCUGCAGGCGGAACCCAUAAUGACCAUUCUCUUAUUGACCAUUUUGUGAUAACCGUUUUCGGCCAGUACACUAUUUUGGUCACCAAUGUAAGAUUUUUAAAAUGGCCCGAUUGUUCCGAAGUUUUAAAUAUAAGAUUGUAUUAUUAAGUUACCAUCACAUAACCCAUUGUGGGAUUGUAUAAAUUCAAACUUUGCCGUUUAUGAUAAGAUUAUCAGCUUUCUAAAAUAUUAUAUCUACUUGUACGUACCUAUAUAGAUACGGAAUUUUCUGUUGUCUGUUACUAUUGUAACUUAUUUAUUAAUUACUUUGAAGUAGCAAAUCGUAUUUAGUAUGUGCCUAUAUGUUUUACAAGUUAAUACACUUGCCAUAAUAUUAUGGCAAAAUUACGAUCCAAAAAAUAAUUUAUAAAGAGAUCCAAUAACAAAAUUGCACUAGUUCAGAAUUCAACUGAUAUAAAGUGUUUAAGGAACAUAUCUAACAAAUCCAACUACUAUUCAAGAGGUACAUGAGUCUCUGGAAAAUACUGACAUUAAAACUAUGAACGAUGAGUCAUUUUUAAUAUUAAACGACUCGGAAAAACAUAAAAUUAUAUUUUCAUGUAGAACAAAUGUAUUUUUUUUAAAUGAAGUUGAUAUCAUUUAUAAAGAUGGAACUUUUAAAUUCACUCUCCACGAUUUUUCACCACCCAUGCAUUUUAAAAUGACGAUUAUAUUAUAUUUCUCUUAUUUUUGGCUUAUUGCCAGACAAAUCAUUGGAAACUUAUACAUUUACGAUUUUUCAUAUUUGUAAUAAAUUAAAUUUAUUAUUAUCCUGAAAAUUUGUGACAGUUAAUUUUGAGAUAUCAAUACACAAACCUAUUAUAGAAGUAUAAAGUAUAGAAGUAUCUAAGUCUUGGUUUCAUCAAGUUCAAACCUUAGUAUUAGUCAAUGAAUACAAAAACGAUAAUUCCGAAACUGGAUAAAAUAUACUUUUGAACUAUUAUUUUUGAACCCAGGGAAUGUAGAAAAUUGUUUUAUUGAGGACUUAAUGUCGAUUUAUCCUGAUAUAAGAUUAAGAUCAUACUAUAACUAUUAAACAGACACUUAAAUUAGUGAAGAAAGUAUAUUUCCUCCUAUUAUUUGGGCAUCAGGAUCUUCUGAUUUAACAAGAACGACAAAUGUAUGCGAGUCUUUCUAUUCCCAUUUCAACCAGUGUUUACAUAAAUUCUCCUCCAAUAAUAUAUUAAUUAAGUGCUAUAAAUGAAGUCUAAAUAGAAACGUAUAUCGAAUUGCAAUGUGUGGGUAUCCAAAAAUGUUCAAACGAUUUAAAAGUUCGGAACCGCCGAAACAAAAAUUCUAUCAAUGUUACAAAAUAUCAAAAAGGCAAAAUUACGCCAUACAGAACUUAUUAAACGCAUCUGUAAAAAAUUUAAUAUAUUAUAUCUAUUUGUAAAAAAUUGUAUACAUUUUUCAAUUUUGUUUUACAAUUUGUGUACAAUUAUUAAUUGACAUGUCCCAUAUGGGAUUGAUUUCAUACAUUUUUUUUAAUUUUACCUAAAUUUUCUAUGAAAAAAAAGGAAAAUUGUAAACAAUAAUUUGUAAAAAAUGUACUCAUUUACUCUACUAUAUAAAAAAAAUAUAUAUAUACGUAAUUAAAUUUGUUUGUAUUUGUAUGUACUUUGUUUUUUUAAAUUUAAAAAUCUUACAUUGGUGACCAAAAUAAUAUACUGGCCGAAAACGGUUAUUACAGAAUGGCCGAAAAGGGAAAGGUUGUUUUGGCCGCCCGCUCGUGUUUGCUGUAAAUAUAAUAAUAUAUUAUAAUAUUCCUACUAAUUAUCUUUUCCCUGCUAUUUUCGAGCACUUUUAGUGGCUCCCACUGUACCAAAUUAGCUUAAAUGCAGAAAUUAGAGUCAUUUUUUAGGCAGAUUGAAGUGAUUAAAUGUAUGUCGAAUAACAAUAUGAAUUCCACCGUGUUAUAGGAUUAUUGUAUUAUUUACAUUUUGUACACCUUUUUAGACUCUUUAAAUGAAGCCACAGAAAUUAAAUUUUAUGUAUAGGUACACAGUAUGGAAUCAUCAAGGACAUAUGUUUUGGAGGCUUAAAAUUUCAAUCUGUGUACCCAAACAUUUUUGUGCUAAAAUUUCAUAUUUUUACAGGAAAUAUCGAGUUUUAAAAAUAAACGAAACGAAUCGAUUAAGUAAGUGCAACAAGAAAAACUAGAUCGUUUAAACAUCAAUAUUUUUUUUUUUUUUAAUACGACUUUGUAGUAACGAGUAACGACAUACUUUAUACAGUAAAGUAUUAUAGUUGUUCGCACGAAAAUUAGUACCUAACAGUGGCAUCUAAAAAAAAAACUUUUAUUACAAUCGGCUUUUGAGCGUAUAUUAUUUUUAUGCCAGCCGAAACGUAUACAUAUCUAUAUAAAAUACAACUAAUCGUUCACAAUGACAAUUAAUAAUUCCGUUCAGUGAACUCCUACCGGUGACUGUAUUGUUGUAUAGUUUUAUCAAACUGUAUACUUAAAAAUAGCGGGGGCGGAAAGAAGACAAAAAAAAAUGCUACGCCGUACGGGUACGACGAGAUACACAACACAGAUUUUUUGAAGCGGAAAAAUAAUAGAACAACUCGAGUAUAAAAUGAUCGUGUCGUAUAUAUACGAAGUCAUAGAUCCUUAAUGCAUCGAGUGCACUAUUUACGACUAUAAAUAAAAUAUAUAUAUAUAUAUAUAUAUAUAUAUUUUCCCAGCAGUCGACAGUUACAAAAUAGUUUAAUGAUCGCGAUGAGUAUCGAAAAAUCCCAUCGCACAAGACUCUGGGACCUUUCGGCGCGGGGAAAACAAAACGCAUUACAAAAAUUACACAUUAUUUUCUGUUUUCCCCCUUAAAUUUCCUAAUGUUUUCACGGGGUUUGAUCUGCUGGGAGAAAAUUCAAUACUAGUGAUCAAGUUCUGCUGCUUUCGUGAGUUUUUUCGAAAAAUAAUAUUUAUUAUUGUUGCACAGAAUAGUUCCCUUUAUUAUUUCGUAACAUAAUACUUUUAUUGCGAACGUUUAAAAUAACUUAUUUGUGCGGACCACGUCGAUUUUUCAAUUAUAUAUAAUAUACGAUUUAAUUUUUCAAUUAUAUCAAACAAAAAUACUACAACACAAUAAUACCCGUCUAAUACAAUCAGUUUAGUAGUGAUUCGGUAUCGUAACGACUAAAUAAAAUUUUAAAAACUUGCCAGAACAAAUUAUUUUAUUUAUAUUCUAGACCGCUCUUCGGAAGCUAUAAUGCGGUUAAUAAUAUAUUAUGUGUGUUGCUGUAAUAUGUUUUAAAAUUUAUAAUUAUUUUUAAGUAUAUCGCAGCCGUUAAAUUAAUUUUGUUAAUUUGUAAUACGCAUACACAUAAAAAUACAAAUAACACGUUUUCGGGUGUUUAAUCGGUAUAAUUUUUUAGUAUUUUUUUUUACUUUACCACAGUUUAAACAAUAAUUCUAGGUAUUAAAUAUAAGGGUAUUUAUUCUAUUUCACUUAAAGAGGUAAAGUAUGCUAUAAUUUAUCAUAUUAUAGUAUUAUAAACCGUGUAUUAUAACGAUUAAUUGUGUAGAUAAAACGAGAAAAUCCGAUCCCUGUUGCUAUAUAUAUACAGGCAGGUUUACAAAACUGCUAUAAUACAGUAGAUGGUAGUUAAAGCUAUCGUUUUAGCGGAGAUACCGAUCUGUUCAAAAUAUUGUUCAAAAACCGAGCUGAGGGGAAAAAGUUGAAAAAAAAAUGACUUUCAAAAAUUGUUUAUUAUACGAAAUUAAAAAUACUAUUCAAAUGAGAAACCAAAAAAAAACCCUAUACCUAAUUUGCGAUUAGAUAAGGCGAAUUUUUUAACUGUAGUUAAUUAAUAUACUAGGUUUCUAUAAUUAUUAUUUUUCUAAGUUAUUUGAUCGAAACAACUAACAAACAAUACAUUCGCUUAUGAACCAUAAAACUAUAAAAUAUUAUUUUCCAACCGGAAAAAUAUCAUUUCGAUGUAUUGGUCAUCAAUAUAGACAAAAAAUUAUAAAUUGUAUACCAAUCGAACGGAAACAUAAGAAUUAAUGAUUAAAAAAAAAAUAUAUAAAAUAUAUUUAUCACUUAUUAUAUCGUACAUUUCUGUGCAAAUUAUACCCAUAUUACGUUGGAUUCGGUAAAUGUUUUUCGUACAAAACCGAUUAAAAUCACGAACAACGAUGGACGCUAGAAGAUUAAUAUUAUUAUAUACUGCACACUGUAUGCCGGUUAACUAUAUACAUAUAACACAUAAAUGUUAGACUCAGACGAUAGUAACGUAUGCAGGGAGGAGCAGGUUAAAAUUCAUCUCAACCCCCCACCCCAUUUUCUUAAAAAUAAAAACUUUAUAAUUUCAACCAAGUUAUAAGGAAAAGCUUAAUUUAUUGAUUAAACAUUUUUUUUUUUUUUUUUUUAAAUAAAUUUUAGGAUUCUCAUCAUAAUCUAGUUGAAUAAAGAAAAAGAUUCUGUGAUUUAUUCAUGAUCAUUAUUUUUUACAAUUCUUUCCAUUCAAAAUUUCUAAGCACGUCUUUGGUGGACACAUUUAAUACUUAUGUAUAAAUAAUAUUUCCAAAUAUUGUUCCCGUUGUGAUGACCAUGUAGUGAAAUCUUCAAUAAUAAAAUUGCAGAUUUUCUGAGGAAUUCUUAAUAAUGAAUAAAUAAUUUCUUUUAUAUCCCGUUGAAAUCCUGCAAUAAAGUCAAAAAAUCAUGGAAAUAUUUUAGAACGAGACAUAGCUACAAAGGUUUAAUGAAAAAGUACGAACGAUCUGAGAAAAAACGUACUGCAUAUAGUCGGUGGUGACCCCGACGUCGGUCGUUCUGAUAGGUUUUUCACCCGCAGUGUAUUUAAUUAAUUUAAUUUAAAUCCUCGAAUGUUUAUUUUUUUUUCGCGUGAUUGAGCGGCUCUAUGAUGGAGAGGAAAAUACAAUUGAAACCAUAACGAAUUAAUGUGUGACAAUAAUAAUUAUUAGUUUCGAUGAAAAUGAAUUGACAAAAACAAAAUUAUUUUGAUUGGUUUUUUCUUAGCAGAUUUUAUUUGGCACGUGAAUUUGUUCGAAUGCUCAUUUAUGCAAAAAUAAUUACUAUCAAAAGUUUUAUCUAAGUAUAAUAUUAAUUUACCUAAUUUCAUUGGCGAUGUCUGCAAUUCUGCAAACAAUAAAGAGCGAAUACGUUAAUCACAGUAUGCGCACGGUAAAACCGUGUUGUACAAAAAUACGAAUUUAACCAUGUUGUUCAGGGAGGAGGGUGUUUUUUUUUUGGCUUUGAACAUUUCUAUAGACACCCUAAAUGAAAUAGGGGAAUACAAUCUUGUAUGUUUAUAUGCAUAGUAUUAGAUAUUUCAACUUUCAACUCCAACACCUACUAUUUUAGAUUCUGAAUGAAGUGUGGAAUGUAUUGACUUUACAAUAAUGUUUAUUUUUUUAUACUGUAUACAAAAUUUCUACCAGAAAUAUUGCUCCGAUUUUUAAGUGUAUCACCAUUUUUGAAAGAAAAUAUUAUAAAUAUAUAGUUGGUACUUUAGGUAAGUAGGUAAUUUUUGGAUUUCCCUAGCGAUAGGGAUUUUGAUAAUGAUUGGGAAAAACCUGAAAAUUUACAAAAAUAAUGCUUUUAUUAUUUUCAAUUAUAUUUUUUUGUAUUAAUUCAAUUGAAAAAUUUCGUUAAAAUUAGAAAUUUGGAAAAAAAUCCUAUACAUUUUCCCUUUUUAAAAUGUGAUAAAAUUUUCAAAAUAUUUAAACCAUUUAAGCUAUUUUUAGACUGUGGAUACAAAUGUUAGACCCAACAGAAAAUUUAAUGGGGUAUUAAUUAUAAAUUGUGCUUAGUGGUCAACAAAGAAAGAGUUGAAUUUGAUGUUGUAUUUAUAUAUAUAUAUAUAAGAAUUUUAAUAACAAAUUUUGACGAAUAUCGUAAAUAUUUUAACCUUUUAAACAUGUAUAACCGAACUCUGCUCAGAAUCGUUUUUCGUUAACAAUCAUUAAUCUUUUUAUACAUUAAAUUAAAUCUUACCUUCUCAACUUUUCACUUACAACAGUAGUUCACUCAUCGUGCGAAGUAUAUACGUCUUUUAUAAUUAAAUCUUAUUUUUAUUAAAAAAAAGUAGUAUAUUGUAUUACUAUGUAAUACAAAGUAGGUGGGAAAAAAUUAGGCCUAAUGUCGGAGCUCUGCUCACGGGUGUUUUAUUUGACCAGGCGAGUUAAACAUGGCUAACAUAUUAAUACUGUUUAUCGUAAUUAAUAAUUAUUAAUUCGUUGUUGAUGAUAUUUUGUAAUUCGUUCUGAGAACUGUUUCUAUAAAGGCUAAACAAAGCCAGUAACUAGUUAAAAAGUUAAUACGAAAGUUGUAAGUUACUUUCUUUGAUACAUUUUAACAAAACUAGUUUUUUUUGAAAUAAAAUAAGUUAGAAAAUAACGUACCUAUUUAUUUUGAAAAACCCUAGUAAUUUUUAAAUGAUGUUUAAGAAUAUUAUGUAUAAAAAAUCUGUAUACCUGUAUUUUUUGCGAUUAGUUUUCAAAAUAAAUUACGUAUUUUUGUAAGAGAAAUUUGAUUAUCAUUAUCACAUUAUGAGCAUAUGACCUGUAGGAUACCAAUUCGAGGCUUGUAUGGUUAGUUAUUUUCCAUUCGAUGAGUACAUUUUACAAAAUAUGUUUAUGAGUGUAGUAGGUUAUUUAAAACAAAAAACUUUUAACUUGACUUAGUUAUUCAGUUUAUUUAAAUUGGUUAAUUAAUAAAAUAUUUUUUUACUUAACUUUAACUAAUUAAAACAAACGAUUAACUUGCUCAGUUUAGCUCGUUGUAACAUAUUAUAUUGGUGAUCGUAAAAAAGUCAUUUUUUUAUGCAAUUACAUAAAGUUUUUUCUCCGUCAUUUUUAUAACACCACGUCGCCAAUCUCUUUUGGAAGCUUUUUUUUUCAUUUGUUUACGUGUAUCUUAUUAUUACAGUUUCGCUUUUUUUCGGGGGGUGAGAGAGGAAACGAAACUAAUGUACCGACUGGCAUUUUGUCAUAUCGAAUUAUACUCUGCCGUAAAUCGUAUUUUUUUAUUAAUUGUUAUUAAUUUAAAUUUGAUUUGUUUGCUGUCCAAAUUUGACUAGAUAUAUGAUAUUGUAUAUUUUUUAAUAAAUGCGGAUAAAAAAGUCGAGUAAAUAAUAUUAAUAAAUACGUGAUACUAUUGAUAUAAAAUCGAUAUUUUAUAGUCAUUUUUUUUCGGAUGCGAUUUUCUUGUUCUCGCAUGUUGUAAUGUCCCAUCUGCAAUACCAAAUCAAAUAAAUAGGAGUAUUUUAGAUUAAUAAAAGGUAUUGGUUUUACUAUAGUGUAUGUUUUCGUUUUUAUUUUUCUGUCUGUGAACAAUUUUUCUACCAGAAAUGAUUGAAAUGCCUACUCCGACCAUUAACUGUAUUAUCUUUUCUAAAAGUAAAUUUUGUUCGGUUGAUGCACUGAGGUCAUUUUUUGAUUGUCUUUAAUCUUCUUAAUUAUUGGGAAAAACGGAUGCAAUAGCGAUUCCCGUUAUUUUCGAUUAUGUUUUUUUGGUUAAUUCAGUUAAAAUUAAUCGUAUAUGAGACGUGAAAUGUUCACAUAAAAAUUAAGAAAUAUGUUUAACAGUUUUUUUUUUUGUUUUGCAAUAAAUUUUAAUUAUAUACAGUACCCAAACGAAACUACCCUGAAAUCCUACCUUCCCAACUAGCAACUACUCAUCUACUACCCGUGAGAAGUAUCUUUUUCUUUUUUUUUUAACAGCCCCAGAGAUACGAGCGCUUGGGGGAGACAUUGUAAAUGAUUUAACUUCUUUAAGCUGUCGAUUUCCAUUCGACGAUUUAAGUGGUUUUUCUCGUUUUUUUUUUUUUUUUACCUAUACUUUUCUUCUACCGAGUACAACUUUGACGUUGACCCACUUAACAGUUAAUAUAAUAAUUUAUAGUAAUAAUAUAUUAUUAUUAUAGUUAUAAUAAAAAUUAUUUUAUUCAAUGUUAUUCAUAUAUUCAAAUUAAAUUAUAGUACUAUAUUUUGAAUGUUUGUGCAUUGCGUCCGUCCGAUGUUUUUUUGAAUGUCGGUCACCAGCCGUUGGUCAACUAAAAUAUUAACGACUACAUUCAGAAUAAUAAUUCAAUUUAGAGCACUUAUUUGUGUAUUGCUGCAUAUAUUUUUAGAUUUUUGUUAAUAAUUUUUAAGAUUCAUAUUAAUUAGAAGUAGUUUACGAAAUUUUAUUUUGCAUACUUGACUAUAAUUAUAUAUUUUUAUAUGUUUUGAUGAAAAAUAUGACAAUCGUGUAACAACGCAACAGCUUAAUUUCAGACAAGAUUUCCCAAGAAAUAACAAAAUACUAAUCACAUUAAUUUUAAUAAUAAAAAUACUUAAAGCCCUUUUUUUGCCUGUUAGUUGUUACACAUAGUGUACAUUUUUAUUUUUUUGUGGACCAUAUAACUGAAUUUUUUAAAUACAAUUUAUUUUUUUCUAACACAUAUAUGUAUGACAUAUUUUUAUAAAUUUACCGCAUAUUAUAUGGCAUAUUUUAAUAUUUUUUAGAGCGCAUAAAUUCGUGCUCUAAAUUGCUUAACAUUGCCCCCGACACAAUAUUAUAUAAAUCGUAAUAGAGCUAAUUAAAUCCGGACAAUUCGUUAAUUUUUUUUUUUAAAUGCCAUAAAUAUGGGCGUUGAUAUUUUAUUACGCUACUCGAAUGACGUCGAUUUAAAUGUCGAUAAGGUAUUAUAUGACAUCGGUUAUUAUUCCAACGUACUAUUAUUGGUUCACAUAAAUUGGCAACAUUGCCAUUUCGGUGCGUUCGUUAAGUGUGCAGCCUUUUCGUACACUAGUUUUAUUAUAUUUUAUACGUCUCGCGUCUGCAUUUUGUACUUGGGUUUUUUUUUUUCGACCUUUCAUUAUAGUUUUGAAAAAUUGUAUUAUAAUAUUUUCCGAAAACGUCCAAAACUACGCUAAUAAUUGAAAAUGGACAAGUUGGUUGUAUAUAAACUUUGCAGUGAAACGUUAUUACUAUUAUUAUAUUACACAUACAAAUUGCAUAAGAAAUUUAAAAUUUUUAAAUAUUUAUAAUAUGCUCAUAUCCGUCCAAUUACGGUCAUCGUUUUAAAUGUUCGAAAGGUGCAAUUUAAUAAUAAAUAUUAUACAAGAUAUUUAAACGUAUACUAUAGCAGUGAUUCUCAACAUUUUCAAAUUUUAAUUUCUGUCAACUCGUUAACGAGAUAUUUUACUUUUAAUUUUGUCAUUUUGUGGUGAGUCUAUAGGGAGAAAAUAUAGUGGCGCAUCAUUUUAUGUGGCGUUCAUUUUCCAAAAAAAACCGAAAAAAAGUUAAUAUUUUUCACAUGAUAGCAAUUGCGGUUCAUCUAUUAAUCGUUCUGUAUAUUAUAUAGAAGGCCGACUCUAAUAAUAUUUUUUAUCAUAAAUAAUAUAUAUGUAUUUUGUAUUCGCUUCGAGUAAAAUAUUAUUAUAAUAUAUUAUGUAUGUGCAAUACACAGUCCGGUUUAGCGUUAGUGUUGUUAAGUUGUACUUGAUGGAAACAGGACAUAUUUUUGUGUGUAAUACCAAAUCUGUUGUGUGUAAUAAGAAAUUAUUAAAUGUGUAGUAUAGAAUUAUAAAAUAUAUAAAGUUAUAAAGAAAUAUUUCUAAACUAUGUAUUGUUAUAAUAUUUUUAAUUGUUUUACAAAUUUAGAAUAAAUAUAUUAAAGACAUUUGAUCAAAUACAAAGUAUUUUAAAAUUUGUUAUUUAUUAUUAUGAUGUUUUAAAACUUGUUAUAUUAAUGCUUGUCAGAAUUAGUUUACUGACUUUGAAUAAGGAAUUAAACCCGUAGGAACGUUAUUUAAACAAAUUUGUUAAAAAAAUAAUGUAUAAAUAAAGAACAAUUACUAGUAGAUAUUAUGUAUUAUAUUUUUAAAGUUUACUUCUUACAUUACCCAUACAUUUUUCCUGGAUAAAGUUUAAACCUAGAAAUAUUUGUUUGAAAAAAAACUGUAAACAAUUAUAAAUGGUAGAAAAAUUAAUAAAAUAGCUAUAUUUAAAGGUACGGUGGCAAAUUUUAUUUUGUGAACAUGAAUGUGUAGUUUAAACUAAAAAGUGUGUAAUACGAAAUAUUAUAAAAAUAGGCACUGGAUGGAAACAUAUAAUAUUAUUGUGACGUCAAAAUAUAUACGUCUUAUAGUAUUAGAUUCUUAAUAAACGUAUAAUAUUAUAAUAGUUGUAGUAUAUUUGGACCUUCAAUUUAUUAUAACAGCUAUAUACUAUAUUAUAUACUCGACGACACAUAUCAUACUCGAGAGCAUUUUUAAGGAGAUUCUUUGUGUCCAAAUGGGCACACAUUAAUAUCCAUUGGAUACCCUAUAGAGUGAGCUGUUUACUGUGUGUCUAUCGCUAGAAAAUAGAAUGAUAAUAAUAAUAAUAAUAUAUUACGACAUUAAAAAAACAUAGGUACAUGUUUAAAUAAAAUGUACAAUAUAAAAAUUUACAUAAAAACAGAUAAAAUUAUACCUUUCCAAAAAACAAAGCUUGUGCUUGGGUUGAGUAAGUUAAAAAACAAAAAUUCUACAAUUGCAACUUUUAAAAUGUAUUAUUAUAGACUAAGGCAACUAGAUAGGUACUAAAUAAAUUAAGCGGAAAAGAUAAAUACAAUUCAGAUAAUAGAAAAUACUACUAUAAACUAAAAUUAUUUAAAUCUAAGAAAUUCAGAUAAUUAAUUAACAUUGAUCUAGUUUUAAACCGAGUGAUAUCUACAUUUAACUUUCUACAUACAUCGAUACCUAUAUUAAUUGUAUUGAAUUUCCCGAAUUUUUUUAUUAACUUUAAUACAAUUCCAAUUGCCUUUAAAAGUUUUUAAACGAGUAUUAUACAAAUGUUGUAGUUUAAUAAUAGAUUGAAAUGGUAAAUUUUGUAACAAACUAUUAGAUCUUAUACUAUAGGAAAUAGUCUCACUAGUGUUGGAGGGGGGGGGGAGUAGUAACCAGAGUAAGUACAAUAAUUUGAAAGGGACAGUUUAGCAUACAUGCUCGUGAAACUAUUCAAUUGAUAGAGGAGGGGGAACUGGAAACUCGGUGGAUAUUCACUGAAAAAAUGCCUCGUUACUCGCACGAGUCGAGCGUGUCACAAAAAUUUACUGUACAACUGCACCUGCUCCAUGUUCAGCCGAAGCGAUACGACGGCUACUGAUAAUGUAUAGGUAUAGUUGCAGAUUAUGGUUUCCCGCGCACGUUAUUUAUUACUGUUGUAUAAUACACAAUUGCCCCGCGGUAAAUUAUUUUUAAAUUAUAAUAUUAUUAUACGAUUUAUUAUUAUAUAAAUACUUAUAACGUACACCAGGAAAACAAUAACAUGGCAUUGCGUCACAGCGAGUUUUUAAUGCAAAAAGUUAAAGCAAUAGACAUAUCAGCUAUAUUAAAUAGUGGUGGACUACAUUAUUUUUCUUUACCCUUUGACUAACGCAAAUAAUCAAACAAUAUCCGAUAAACAAAAAAACGCUGAUACUGCUGGUGGAUAUUUCACGCUGUUUUUAAAAGAAAUUUGGAAGGUACCCAGGUACUAACGAAAAACAAUUCAAAGCAAAAUAUUAUUAGUUGCCCUUUUUCUCUUGUUGCAAUAGUCAAUCAAAAAACAACAAAAAUUAUACAACGAAAUUCCCAGUUUUUCCAUUUAUUAACUAUAAAGAAAAUUAACAAAAUGACCUCUUCAAUUCACCAACUGGAUCAAAAUGUAUUAAUUAAGAUUAAAAUUGAGAUUCGUAGAAAAGUUGUUUACAACUAUACUCACACGCAUUCACACACUCUGCACACAAAUACGUCAUAGUAAAAAUCAAUGUACUUCGCUCAGAAUCUAAAAUGAGUGUUUGGUAAGAAAAAAAAAUGUUUUGAAUUUAUCAUAAAUUUAUAAUGUACCUAGAUAAUGAUAAUGUAUCAAAUCAAUCUGUAACAGUAAUAACAUUAUUAAUUAUGAAUCAAUGAUUUCCAUGGAAAAACAAAAAAUAUUUCUUUUUGUUUUCUUUCCAGAUAAUUACCCAUUUUUGCUCAUAAAAUGGCGUACAACUUUUGCUCUAGGCACAGUAUCAUUCAUUCAUUAAUAUUCAACCCUAAGGUUGGUUUUACAUCAUUCUUUUACAACCCCUCCACACUUCUAAGACACAUUCUACUUUGUAGACAAUAUAAUUAUCUAUGGUUGAAACACAAUGAAAAAAUGUUCGUCUUUUGUUUUUCUCCGCUGGUUUCGAGUAGUAUGCCUGAAAAAUAAUUGUAUUUUUAAAAUCGUUUUAUGCCCCGAUUUAGACGUCUAAAAUAUUCGCCAACAGCUGCUUAUUUACCGAACAUCAUAUGCACGAGUCACUCUAUAAAAUCAUUAUUUGUUUUAUUAAAUUAUUUGAUUAGCGAUUAUUAGUAGAAAUGUGAUUGUAAAUAAAACUUUUACAAAAUGUUUAAUUAAUAUUCGUAACGUUUGUAGUGCCUUUUCGAAGCGCAAUUAAAACGUAGCGCCCAAAAAUAAUUACUCAUUUUACUAUUGGCUUAUUUUUAUUAUAACGUCUUUUAUGAUGCUGAAUUCCCAGUAAAAACUUUAAUAUGGCGCCACUGUUACACGAACGAGAAGUAAAAACAGUUUUUCUUGGCAAUCUCGAUAAAAUAAUUUAUCCGCCUGACCUCAAUUAUCAAUAUACUAUACAAAUUAAUUCAGUAAAUAAUUAUUAAUAAUUAUUAUUAUUAUAAUGCUAAUACUAAUACGAAUCGAUACGAAUCGAUUUUUGAUUUGUCUGUGCAUAUACAUGGAGUGUCUCGUGAGGAUAUGCCAUUCCGUAUAAUAAGAUAAUAUUAAAAUUCUUUUUUUCCAUUUCUUUUUCUAUUUUUGAUUUAAAAACUAUUUUUUCCAUCUAAAACAAAAACUUUAAUAAUUACUUUUCGUGGUGUAUACAUAGUUAGUUAACAAAAGUCUUAAGACAGUCGAUUUGAAGUUUCGACGACGACGUGUCCCAUGUAUACCUAAUGAAUGAAAGUUUAGAAAAACGCAUUCGAUAGAAUGGUCUACUCAUCAAAAAAAACCAGAUUAAAUUAUUGUUAUACCACCUAUACGAACGAGCUUAUACGUACAUUAUAUUGAUAAAUUUAAAACUUAUAAUUACGAGUAUUACAUGAACAGCCUCGGCUAACCGAGACCGUAACGAUUCGAAUGCAAUAGUAUUUUUUUUUUUCAUUUUUCAUAGGAAAAACAAAGUGAACCUGCCAUUUCUUUUUAUUAGGAAUAAAUAUAAAUCGAAAAACGAGUUUAAUAUCGCGUUCCGCCCAGGGGUUGGGAUAAAAACACGAGAGUCAACAUAAUGUUGUAUGAUACAACUUGUAUCGUAAAAUGUUUGAACAGCGAAAACGGGAAAAUAAUAAUUUUAAUUAUUUCGUUAGCACAAUGUUAGAUACCUACUUACAUAAUGAUCAUAGUACAUACGCAUUACACUUACGUAAUAUUUUGAUAUUCUUAUUAAAUUGUAAAUUGAAGGACAUGCGAUAUACGAGUAACUGAUACAUUUAUUCAAUAUAAUUAUAGCCUAUAGGUAAUAAUCCUUAUUAUAUGUAUAUAGUUUGUCCUUAUUUUUUUUUAAUAAGCCUUUUUUGUUUUGUCUUUUAUUAUUGUUUCUAGUAUUUCAAAUCCAAUGACAGACAAAAGCUCGACAUUUGCUGCAUUGAUUUGUGUGUUUUUCUAUUUAUAAUAUAUUAUAUAUUUAAAGGUUUUUAAUGUUAAGAAAAACAUUUAAUUAAUUAUAUAGUUUCUGAUUUAAUAAAAACAAUAAAAAUUAAGAUGAUAAAUGUAUUGUAAUGUAUUUUUUAAAAAAAAGCAAGCACUGAGGAUACUGUUGAUCGUUGUACUUCUGUUAUAAAAAAUUGGAAACUGGAAAAUGAGGAAUAGAAAAUUAGAAAGUUAGGAUAAAUAGUUAUUAAAUAUAAAUAUGUACACAUCGUUAAGUCGUUAAUUGCUAACGAUAUCUGAUUCUGAGCAAAGUCCGGUUAAACAUAUUUUUAAAUGUCAUGAUUUUUACGAUUUCUGUUUAAAUUUAAAAUUUAAAUGCCUAUACAAAAAACAAAAAAAUUAAAUCACUGUAUUAUUGGCGACCACUAUAUACUACUUAUAAUGAACGUCAUGUUAAAUUUUAAAUUUUUUUGAUAGAUUAAAACAAUUUUAUCCAUAUAAAAUCAAAAACAAUUCAAAAAUAUUAAACGUCUAUAGCUCAAAAAUCGACAGAAUGCAAUGAAAAUAUUAUCACCUCUAAAACAUAGGGUAGUAUAAAAGCCUAUGCUAGUAUUUAGCAAACAUUUCAUAUCCAUACCAUUGUUUUUAACUGACAACAACAACAAAAUAAAUUCAAAAAGAAUAAAAUUAUGUUAUUGUUAUAAAUUGUCCUGUUUUCCUUUAAGUUUUUCACGUUUAAUUAAAAAUAAAACUGCAAAGGAAAAACAAAAAGAGACGGACAUACUUCGCACGUAGGUGGGUUGUUGUAGGUGAAAAGUUGGGAAGGUAAUAGAGGGGAAAUUUAAUAUAUAUAAUUUCGCAACGAUUAACUAUUGCUCACAAAAAACGAUUCUGAGCGGAGUUCGGUUGAUAGUGUUGCUUAAUCAACAAUACACAUGUUAUAUUAAGAUAAUAUAAUUUCAUAUGCAUUCUACUUUUCUUUUAUGAUAUUUGUUUGAUUUUUUCCCGGUUUUUCCCAUGUAUUGGGAAAAUCAAAAAAAUGACCUCCCUAAGAUACCACACCAGUCAAAUUUUCGUUCAGAAAAAUUGUUAUCAUUGUAAAUUUGAGCAAAAUUGCUAGUAGAAAAAUUGCCCACAGCCCCACAGGAAAAAAAAAGGUCGUAAUAUUAUUUUACUAUAAUAUCUACAUUUCGUGCAUUAUCCCGUUUUUUCCAUAAUUUCCCGAAUCUUUCCAUUUAUUGAGAAAAUUUCAGGGAAAAUCAAAAAAAUAAUAUUCCCUAAGUACUUCACCAGGAAAAUUCCCUUUCAAAAAAAUUGCUUUAUUUGAUACUUCAGAGCAAGAUUUCUAGUAGAAUUUUUGUACAUAAUAUAAAAAAAAAACUUUUCUGAAAAGUUGUUUACAGACCAAAACAAAUACAUAACAUACUAUGUAAGCACACAUAAACCAACAGAUCCCUCACUACGCUCCAAAUCUAAAAAUGUACGCUAUAGUAGAACCAAUAAUUUACCUCCCUGACCACAAUAUCUAAAAUCCAGUAAAUACAUAGUUUUUAUUUACAAUUGGUUAUUUUUUGUUAUAUAUAUAUAUAUUUUUUUUUAACGCAAAACGGCACGUGUAUGUAAGGCGUUUUUAGAGGAUUAUUGUAUAAUAAGUUUGAGUCCUAAUUAUAAUUGUUACACGAUGAUGUCUGUUUACGACAUAUUAUAAUUUAUUCGGAAAACCGCGCAAUGUCGAAUUAUUGCAAAAUAAUCGUUAGGCUCCUAUAUACUUUAUAUACUCGUGAUGCUCGUCACGCGGAAAAAGUUCUCAUGCCCGUGCGAACUUUUUUUUCUCAUUAUCUAUACAUUUAUAUAUUAUCAUUAUAAUAUUAUUUACGUUUAAUCGGUAUUCAUUAUACAUAAUAUUAUUCCUACACAGCUGAUAGUAUAAUAUAUUGUGAGUACGCGACGUUUGCAUCAUUUUCGUAUUACUCGAACCGUUUUGUUCCCCUUCUUUAACACCCCUCCCCCUUUAACCAUUCCCACCACUGCCUGCUGCAGUUUUAUAAUUUUAGACAACAGCAGUCGUCGGGCACGUGUUGCUCAAUAACGAUUUAAUAUAAUUAUAUAUUAUCAGUUUAAAUUACUUAUAUUAUGUACAACGAGAUGUUGUUGUUAUUUUUUCUUCGUGUCGGCCGUCUUUUUGUAUAUAAUAAAUUAUUAGAGAGUGUCUUUGGGACCCCGUAGUAUAAUAUACAGGGCGUUCAAUAUAACGUAUGAGGCAAUCAUUACAGGUUAUUGACAUAAAUACAAUUUUUUUACACGAAAAUGCAUUUAAACAAAAACUGCAUCUACUUAUUUAUGAAAUUAUUAAUAUAGAAGGUUGCUAUUUUAAAAUAAAAUUUGGGUAGUGGCUUCAUUCUUUCCUCUCCUCGGAAAUAAGGAUGAAAUUAAAAAAUGCAGAAAUAUGUAACAUUUUUAGAGCCACUUGUUUCUUAAAUUUUUUUUUAAAAAAAACAAAUUCUCAGAAAAGUUAAAGUAAUUUCCGAAAUAAUCACGACAUUUAGUACACAGUAAAUAAUCUAAGUUAACGUGCAUAAACAGUACGGGUUUAUAUACAUCUUAAAUAAUAGGAUUUAUCUAUUAUAAAAUAAAAUACAUUAAUUUUACAUUAAUUAAAAUAUAUAUAAUUUGUUAUUGAAUUUCAACAUAAAAUAUUAACCCACUUACCGUUUAACGAUUACAUGCAUUUCUUAAUAACCAGAAUUCAAUAACGUAGGCAGGGUUUUUUUGGGAGGGGGGUAGUGCUCAUAAUCAUUUUAUAAAGAAGAGAAAGCACAUACUAUCAGUACAGUACUAUCACUAUUAUUACAGAAUAAAUAUGUGUUGAUAAAAUUAAAUUUCAUUAUUUUAUUCUGUGUUAUAAGAUGCUGAAUGUAAAACUUGAUUUUAAAAAAUGUAGUGAAGGGAAAAAUUUUAUGAGGGAGGGUUCUGAUCCCCAAACCUCCCUAUGUGUACGCCACUGCCAGAGUUAGAAUUAAUUCGAUUUGUCAAUAUGAAUACAAUUUUUAAAACGCAUUAAUGUAAUUAUUACAUUAUAAUAUGUAUGUAUUAAACAUGCCUUUAUAAAAAUUAGAAUUAGGUAAUUACGCAUUAAUGACUCCUUGUAAACUUAGUAAGUGUUUUAUUACGUUAUCUUAAUCACCCUGUAUAACUUAUACCUAUAACGUACGGGCAAACGGCAAAUGCGGAAAACAGGUUUCGGAAAGAUAAUGUACAAAAUCCAUUUCACUUUCCCCACAUAUAUACCGUGUGCUCCUCCGCAUCUAUAAUAAUAUAUUUUAACAUCAUUUUUUUAUUAUCCGUUUUUGUUCACUGUUUAACGUUAAAUGUAUAUUAUAUACCUAUCUAAGUAUUCCACAACAAUCGUUUUUAAACGCAAUCAAAUCAUCAAAUUGCGUUUAAUAGGUAAGGGAUGGGAGGGGUGAGGGAGAAUUAGUUUAUACUAUGCAAAAUAGCAGGUAUUUUUCUUAUAAAUUAUUCUACUUAUAUUAGACACCUGAGUUUUUUUUUUUUAAAUUCCGGUAUUUACAAAUAUUGUAUGUUUUAUUUAUGCUAAACGGGUGUAUAUUUUCCCGUAAUUUUUUUAUUAAUAUUAUAAUCGUUCGCGUGACUUUUUUUAAAUAUACAUAUAUAUAUAUAUAUGUAUAACAGGCCUUCUGUGUCCAUAAACAUAUUAUUAUAUACCUACUAUUAUUGCGAUGACGAUUCAAGUGAUAAUAUCUAGAUUAACAUACAAACCGGUUUUUCUAAGUUUUGAUUUGUAUUAUUAUUACCUAUGAUACAGACGAUUAACGCGCGAGUCUCGUAGUUUAAUUAUUUUUGAAAAGCCUACGGUUUUAUUUUAUGGCUGAGAUCAUUGUUGAAAAAAAAAAAAAGUAAUAAUAAAUAUCUUAUUCUAAAACUAUAAAAACGUACGAAAAACGAGUUAAAAUAUUGCUAACGAUAUUUUAAUAUUAUUAUUGUUUAUUUUUUUAUUUGUAAACACGAUUGCCCAUAUAUACUAUAUUAUAACCCGUAUACUCUAGACAUUUUGUUGACAAAUUAUGGGUCUACUGCGUAUACUAUCAAAUAAUUUUCCAAAAAAAAAAAAACCAUAACUUUCUCAUAUGAUUCACAAUACAUUUUAGAUUCUGAGGGAUCUAUUGUUUUUACUAUAAUACCUAUAUGUUUUAUUUAUUUUUUUUUUUUAAUCUGUAAUCAAAUUGUUUUUAUAAUUUUUUUUAAGCUAAAAUAAUGAAGAGCAUUGCAAAUAUUACAGCCUUACAACCCACACAGCAUCUGAAAAAUGAUAAUAUUUUAUAAAUAUUUUAUUUUUAUGAUAACAAAAUAUUUUGUUGUGUGAUUUAUAAAAAUGUUUUUUAAACAUUUGUAUGUUUCCAAUAAAAAUUAAACGUUUUAGAAAUGAGAUUAAAAUGUUUAGUGAAUGUUAUUCUAAAAUAUUUUCCAAACAUAAACUAUUUGGGCAAAACAUAUUUCGAUAACAUUUACACCAUUAAUUUCAUCAACAUUACAACAAUAAUCGAAAAUAUUUUGACCUAUACAACUUUCCUAAAAAUAUUUUGUUCAUAUUAUGGAAAUAUUUGUUUGCUGUGUGAGAAAUCAUUAUGUAUAAACGAACUUUGCUUAGAAUAGAAAAACUGUUUAACCGUAAUCUACGUAGAAUCGUUUUUCAUUUGCAACGGUUUAUUUAUUACCACUGAACUCUGAAUCGAUUUGUAUUCUUCAUAGGAUUUUAUUUUUCCCUCAAGCCCUACAAGUAAUCUUAGCUACUAUUAUUCUCACAAAAUUAUUAUAUAUCCUCACAUUCAUUUAAAUGUCUUCGUCUACUCAACAGGUGCUACUGCAUACAUCCUAUAAUAGGGUGAUUGAAAAAUUUCAAAUACCCGUACUAAAUUUUUUUGCGAAUAAUAAUACAUUUUUAACCAUGUAUACACCGUAUUCGUGAAUAUUAUUAUAUUUAUAUAUAGUAUUAAUUUAUGAAAUAAAAAUAAUUUGUUAUUUUAUACUUUUCAGAGGAUUAAAUUCCAAGUAGCGGAAUGCAGAAUGUUUUAGGAAGGAUAGCGACCACUUUGGUUAUUUUAUAUCCAGUAAUUGCGUUUUCGAUUCCGGAGUCGGCCAUACAAACAUCAUCGUUGAAAUCUAGCAAUACCGAACAGGUACACAAACCGACUUUUUUUGUUUUUAAUUAAUAUAACAACGAUAAACAAACACUGUAAACUGGUAAUUAAAGACAUCGUAUAACGGGAAACUAUAUAAUAUUGUUCAAAAACGGAUUAAUCAUAUUCAACAUUUUUAAAUUUUUAACUAAUAAUCAAGCACAUUUUUAUUUCAAAUUAACACUUGAUUAUUAGAAACGAACACAAUAAUAAUUAAUACUAUCCUAUAUAUCAAACAAAGGAUCUACAAAGGAGAAAUGAACGCGGAAAUAUCAUUAGUAUUAUAUAAUAUCUGAUAAUUCGAUAACCGGGUCGACCGUCCCGCAUUGUGGGUUUCAAUUAAAUAAGUUUUCGCAAAACCCGGUCUGGUCGUGACACAAUAGGUACCUACGCAUAAUUUGGAACGGACGCAUGAAAACAAUUGAUAAAUAAAUAAUAAUAUAAUAAAUUAUAAUUAUGUUAUGUUGAAAGGCAGUAGCGUACUCAUAAGAGGCUAAGAGCACUUCAGCCCAUCGGUACCGUGUUAAAGUAAAAAAAAAAAAUAAAUAUACUAUUCAAAAGUGAAAACGUUUUUCUUAUAAUACAGUAAUCAUUGCACUACAGGGUCGUAUACUGGCCAUAUAAUCUCAGAAGACAGUGAGCCGCUUCCUGUACUUAAGUUUCUUAUACAGACGAAAACAUUGGAUAAGCAAGAAUAUUAUGGUUAUAGAUUUAUUUUUUUUCCCCUGUAGUAGUUCCAUGAAAAAUAAUCAUAGAAUCUGGUAUUUUUACCAAACACCUACAAUAUAUUAGCAUUUUCUAGACGUUGUAAAAUUUUCUAAAUAUUUUGGGACUUUUUGAAUUAUUUAUAGCUAUUUAAAAUUGUCAAUAACUUGUUUGGUUUUAUUUCGAUGAUAUUUUGUUGUUUCAUAUAAAUUUAAAAAAAAUUGAAACGAAGUUUAUCAUAAAUUGUACUUAAUGAUAAAAUAAAAAGUUGAGUUAAAGGUUAUUUAUUUAUAUAUACAUUUUAAAUACAAAUAUAUGAUAAAAUUCGAUAAAAAAAAAAAAUUAUGUGCGAACUACUUUUUAGGAAUUAAAUUUGAAGAUGAAAAGUAGACUUGUUUUAAAGAUCCAAUUUAUAAUACUUCCUCAAAAUCAAAAUAAAUCCAUAGAUUUGUAUAAAAAUCCAACAUAAAUCGAACUUGACUAAUUAAAUAAUAUUAUAUAGAUGUAAAUAUAUUUUGCUUGAAUUAUUACAUUAAUUUAAUUUAAUAUACGUUGCUCUUACAUUAAAAAAUCUUGGGUACGCCACUGUUGGACAAUCAUUUUUCGAAUAUAAAUUUAGAUCGUAAUUUAAGGUAUAAUUUUUUUCUUAAUAUUUGUGCAUUUAUGUAUAAAUAUAAUUUUUCUUUACAUUUUCAAAUAUUAUUUUACGUUCAUAAAAAAUGAAUUAACUACAUAUUAUUAAGUAAAAUUUUUUUUUUAGUAUAUAACAAAUAUAACGUAAAUGAUUUUUGUUUUUUGUCAAAUUCGUUUUACGCGUUAUAGAUUUGUUAAUUUUCAGAUAUUCCCAUCUAUGAAUUAGAAGGCAUUCCAGUCAUAUUUUUUUUUUUCAUAUAAUUUUGUCUAAUGCAAUUUUUUCCCAUUCAUUUUUUAGUCUACAUCCAUAAAUGAAUGCAUUUUAAAAAUUGAAUUUGUUUGUAUUGAAAACUAUACAAAUUUGUUAUAAGCCCUUCUUUCUCGGGAGAUAAUUAUAUAUAUUUACACAUCUAUUAUAUAUGUAUAUAAAUUAUAGAUGGUACUAUGUAUAUAAAUUUAAAAUGGCGGACAAUGUAAUGUGUAUUUAUUAUCAAUCAUCACUAGACUUAUAUACUAAUAUUAAAUGUGUGAUGGGACCAUUAUAUAGGAUAACGCUGAUUAUACGAGGACGUUUGACGAAGAGCAAGAAGAAAAACGGGCAUUGCGAGAUUUGCAGAUGGCCGGAACGGGCAAACGUGGUUGGCAAAACUUAAAGACCACAUGGGGCAAAAGGGCACAGGACUGGCAAAAUUUGCACUCGUCAUGGGGCAAACGUCAGGGAUGGCAAAAGUUACACGGAGGAUGGGGAAAACGCGGAUGGAAGGACAUGCAGUCUGGCGGCUGGGGAAAGAGGGCUAAAGAUAUGGUAUGCAAGAAAUAUAUAAUAAUACUGAAACAAAAAAUACUCAUUAAUAUAAAAAUAUGUGAAAGGUGUUAUAAUACCGUUUUUUUCUCUUUUUUCAUUUAGGCCAACGGUCAAUGGUCUCAGUACAACGACAAUGCCGACAAGUAUGAAAACGAAAUUCCAACCGUACUAGCUGACAAACGAUCAUGGGACAACUUUCAAGGAUCCUGGGGCAAGCGGGCCGCCGACUGGACAAGCUUUAGAGGUAAGCCGGUAAGCUAAACAUUUUUAUUUUAUAUUUUGGGAUAAAAUUAUGAUUGAUAAGAUACUGCAGUAACAGUAGUUUUCUUAGUUCUUAUUUGAUUUUAUGUAAAUCAAAUUAUUUAUAGAUGAACAAAAAUACCUGAAAUUUAAAACACGAGGUUUAUUGAAAGUUGUACUUAGUAGUAAUAAAAAAAAGUUAGGCGUCUUUUCUCGUUUUCAUUGUUGCAUAUUCGACACCGAAGAUUACUACUAAUAACCUGUCUCCAUUUUUCUCUAUUAUCCACCAAUCUGUUAAAUUCUUCAUCAGUGUUAAUAUUGAUCUAUUCCUUGAUGUCAAUCGUUCUUUUUUUUCAUUUUCCUAUUAGUGUCAUUAAAUUCUUCCUUCUAAAAUGUUCAAUAAGAAAUGUUCAUUUUAACCUCUAAUCAGAUCUGCAUAGGUUUUUGAAUAAUUAAUAUUUUAUGAAAUGCCUAUAUUACAUACGCUGCGUUUUCUAAAACCAAAAUGUGUAUAUUCCCAAGACAAUUCUCUUUGAAAUAUUACCUAUAUACUUAAUACUCACGAAAAUUUUUGGAGAUAGCCUCUUCUCAAAAUGUAAUCCUAAAAACCUGCUACUGCUUCAGGUGUACAGAACCUAAUUAUACAAACCCGUAUUCGUGUUCUCGUGUCUUUGUAUGGUUUAAUAUUAAUAAUUAAACCAAAAUAUCGUAUUAUUAUAAUUACUGCAGCGAUCUUACAAACCAAACUUAUCAUUAUUUUCGCUAAGUCUGCAAUAACAAUAAUUCACGGUUCUUCUUCGAUUUCUCUUUUCAAUAAAACGUUCAAAACAAUAUUUACAAGUUACAAGUAUUUACAUAGACACCAGCUUUGAAAAACAUAACAGUUGUUAUUGAAGAUUGACUUAAACACUUUUUCUACUCCUGAGAAGAAAACAACUGUUGAAGAACUAACUGCAAGUGCAAUAUAUUAUUAUCGUCUACAAUAACUACAGUGAUAAUACCUAUCUACAACCACAGAAUAGGCUACAAUCGUAGUGUUAACGAUAGCCGAUAAACAUUUCAAAUUUCUUAUUAGUUACAUCGAAUUUUUUCAAAAAUUUAAAUUAAAUAUUGUUAGUUAAUUUAUAUUAUAUAUCUAUAUUCUGAAUCAUCUAGAAUAAUGUCUAAUGGAUGCUUUGUCCCCUAAAAUUAUUUCAGUGGGGGCUCAAGUUCCCGGUCACCCGUGUACCGAGUGAUCCAUUUAAGUGGAUACACUCAUUAUCUUGGAAAAUAUUAAAUUUUUUUGGGAUUUGUUUUCUAAACAUUUAAGAAACAAUCUGCUCUACAAUUUUACAUUUUUUUUUUGUCCCUCUUAUUUUUGAAAAGUAAAACCACUACCUACUUUUGAUUUUCGAAUGGCAACCUACAUUAAAAAUUCCAUAAAUAUAUGGAGUAUUAAUUAAAACAAAUUUUAAUGUUGGCAUUUUUGAUUUUUGUCGAUUUGUUGACGAGAUAUUCAACUUUUAAGUUUGGGUUAGAGGAGAGUGGUGGUACAUUAUCAACACGCCGCACGCCGUGUCUCCACAUGAAUGAUACUCCACCACUUUCCUCCAAACUAAACUUAAAAUAGAAUAUCUCGUCAACGGCUUGACAGAAAUAAAAAAUGUCAAGACUAAAAUUUAUUUUAACUAAUACUCCAUCUAUUUAUAGAGUUUUCAAUAUAGGUUGCUAUUUUAAAACCAAAAGUGGGUAGUGGUUAUAUCCUCAAAAAUAAGGGUGCCAAAAACUAACAUAAAUAUAAAAUUGUAAAGCUGCUUGUUUCAUAAAUGUUCUAGAAAAAAAAUUCCGAAAAAAGUUAACACUUUCCGAGACAGUGAAGGUCCUCACUUAAAUGGAUCACCUGGUACAUGGUGCUUAUUAUGAAUAGGUAGGUAAUUGAAAACUACUGGUUAUUUUGGUGGGGGAAAGGAUUUCCAUAUUUCAUGGUAACAAUAACAGUAUGGUUAAACGAUUACCUUAUAUAUAGCCGCUCUAGGCAUCAAAAUAUUAAAUAAUAUAGGUAAACUCAAUAUUAUAAUAAUAUAAACUUUUAGUUAUUAUUCAUAAUAUGGGUACCGAUAUUUCAAGUAUAUAGUAACAAGAUGUUUUCGAUUCGAGGGUGCGCGAAUUUGAUUUUUAUUAUGUGUUUACCUAUUAUACGCUACUUAUACAUAAUACUAUCGUGUUACAUAAAAUAACAGCUAUAAGCACUUUUGAGUAAAUUAUGUGUAUAUUUUUGAAUAAUAAUAUUAUACUAUCGGAUCAAUACUACCGGUAUCUUUAUUGUAGCAGGUUAUUUCGUUAUUAUCGAAAUCUACUGGGGAGUUUUUCGAUUUUAUUAAUUGUGCAAGAGUAUAUAACAGGUACUCAUAUCUCCAUUUUUAACAAAUUUAAGUUACAACAUUACAGUUACUCGUAGAAUAUAUUAUGUUAAAGUUAUUAAUUUCCAAUCAAAAUGUAUUUAAAAUACACUAUCGAUUUAUAAUUAUUUACGCGGAAAACAGCUAUUUAUAUGAUUGAUUUUUUCGUUAAAAUUAUUGUCUGUGUUUUAAAUUGGUCCACACAGAAAUCCACACGAUAAUAUAGUUAUUACUCAGAUAGUUUUAAAAUUUAACCAUAAUAGUUACAAUGUAUCAAAAAAAUAUCGUUGUAAGACAGUUAACGUAGAACGUUAUAAAACAUGAUAAUAUAUGUUUACAGGUAUCCUGUCAAAAUGAUGCGGUAUUAAUGUCGCGGUAAAAAAUGUCUACUUUUCAAUUUUUUUUUUUUUUAAAAUGAAUCUGUAAAUGCAUAUAUGCAUCAAGGGUAGUGCAGUAAGGGUUAAACUUUGUUUAUUUUAUUGACACCAUUUAUAAAGUUUGCAUAGUUAACAAACGACUAACAAAAGUUUUUAAUGAGUACGAAAAAAUAUCGAUUGAGAUUACUUACGCGGAAUUUAUCAUAAUUUCCAAUACCAAUUACAAUACAAAUAAUAUAAUUAUUUUUUAACUAAUACAGUUUGACUAGGUAUAUAAACUGUAUAUAUGAAAAUUACAAAAUGUACAAAGUUCAAGAAAUGUUUUUUUCUUUUUUAUCUGUAUAAAACUAUAUAUAAAUUACACUAAAGAGAUUAAUAAUAAAUAAAAAAAAGUCGAUUGUUGGAAUUUCACAUAUUUUUUAUGCGGUGACAUUUUUUUUGUUCACGAUAUUUUGAUCACAACUUUUUGACCACGAAAGUUUUAACCUUGCCAUUAUUGCCGAGGCAUUUUUCAGACGUGAAUUCAUGUUCAAAUGAUUCUAGUUAUUAUCACUCUCACGGUCUCGGUAGUAACUAUUACACAUAUACGUGAUAGUUGAUAAUUACUUUAGUGAUUAUCGAAAUUGUAAGAGUGAUAGUAACUAUCAUCGUGUGAUCUUUAUAGACAUUUUUAUCGAAAUUCAAUAAACUACAAUAUUAUGUCUUCUUCUAUCAUUUUACUAUAUCAUACCUAUCUACCUCUGUGGUGGAUAUGAUAGUAACUAUAUGACUGUAUAAACCGCACUUUAUAGUGAAUUAACAUGAGUAAAUAAAACAAGUUUUAAUAGACAACGUACCCAAUAACAAUUUAAUAUAAGUCAUAAGUAUUUAAUGAAAUAGGUUUUAAAGCGUUGUUGUAGAAUUAAAAUAGGAGUAGACUUAAUUAUCGUUAUUGUGCAAUUGUUUAUAAUCAAAUUAUUAUGUAUCGUAUACUUACAAAAAUAAAUAAUAAAAAUUGUUUGCGUGUCCAAUCACAGGUUCGUGGGGGAAAAGAAGUCCAGUGGACUACAUGAACGAGUACUCGGGAUAUGGAGACGAUGAUGAUACUUACAAUAAAGCUUAUAUUUCCCCACCAGGUAAAUAAUAUACCUAAGUCAGAGUUUUGAAUAUCUAUAGAAGCACGUUUAUCGUUUUUAUCGUCAUGUGCUCGAUUGUACAACUACUUAUAUAUUAAUCAUGCAUGGUAAAAAUCGUAUUGUGCUUACAACAGUUACAACACCUGCUACUAUAAAAUUAUAUAAGUGCCUAAAGAUUCGUUAUCAACAGAUGGACGUUUUUAACGACAUUGUUAAAUUACUAAUGCUUGUUGCGAAUACAUAAUAAUAUAUUAUUAUAAUACAUAAUCUACCGUCCGAUAAAUAUAAUCAUGUAUACAAAUUAUUCAGGGUGAAUUUUUUUUUAUGCUUGUUCUUUCUAUUUUGUAAACUUAAUUAAAAUAAUACAUUUUCUAAAAAAAAAAAAUUAUAUCGUUCAAUAUCGUAAAAACGAUUUUUAUUUUAUACAUGCUUUGUUUUGAUUGCCUACGUAGGAGGUUUAAAAAAAAAAAAACAUUUCGGAACGUCUAAAUUAUUGCGUUGGAUUAUGAAUUUUCAUUUUCGAUUAUUUUAAAUUAUAAUUAUAAUUUAUCGUCUUAUUGACUUUGUAAGGUAUUUUAUUUCAAGUAAUAAAAAAAAUAUACAUAUAUUAUUAAUUUAAUACGCUGUAAUUAUAUAAUAACGAAAACGUUAAAUAUAUUAUUCUGUGAUUUUUACCGAUAUUUUUCCUAAUGUAAUCCGUUAUGGUUUCAGGUUACAAUAGUUAUUAUUCAUCGAACUCACCCAACUACCCAAGUGCAGGAUUCGAAAAUUAAGACAUCAACAGUCGAGUUUUGAGAUUUACUACCAUGAACAAAAAUAAUACAUUAUUCACUAUUAUUUACUUACACUACUUAUUAUAUUAGCCUUAACCUUAUACAGAUUAUAAUAUUAAACAAAUUUAUAUAUAUAUAUAUAUAUCAGUUGGUGAAAUAAAACUAUUGUAUAUAUAUAUAUAUAAAUAUAUAUAUACACCUCCGUACACAUUCAAGUAAACAAAACAUAUUUUUGUGCGU